AUGGUCAUUGAUGGAGCAGAAAUUGUACCCAAAGGCGCAGUUAAGAUUGAGAGUGACAACUAUUCAACAGUUCUCAGCAUCAAUGAGUGUAUGAGAACCAACAGUGGAACCUAUAUUCUCACAGUGUCCAACCCUGCAGGAACCAAGACUCUGGCUUUGAAUGUGACUGUUUUGAUGUGCCUGCUCCCAUUGGACCCAGUCAAUGUCCUUGAAGUUACUCCUGAGACAUGCUUAUUGACUCGGAGUCCUCCAAAGGAUGAUGGUGGGCCCUGUAACAGGUUACAUUGUUGAGAGAGAGAGGCUAAGAAGGAAACCUGGGGAGUGUGUGAGCUCUGGUAACACAGCUACAAAAGCUUAAGAUCAGCUCGUUUGCAGAGCGGUGUUGAAUAUGUUGUGCGUAUCACACGAGAGAACAAAAUGGGUAUCGGUGGCGCUCCUCUUGAAAGUGCACCAAGUGCCCAACACACGUUUGAACCCCCUGCCCAUUCAGGCAAACCAAACACAUGGGACAUUGCGGAAGAUGCCCUCACUGUUGGGUGGACCAUGCCAUUGUUUGAUGGAGGCAGUCAAAUCACUGGAUAUAUAGUUGAGCGUAGACAUAAGGGCGGAAAAUGGAUCCGUGUCAACACGACACCUUGUAAGGAUCUCAGAAUCAGAGUACUUGGCCCUUUGAGGGAAAUGAGUAUGAGGUUUAGAGUUUUCGCUGAAAACAUUGCCGGUUUUCAGUGGACCUUCUGCCUAUCAGACCCAGCAAAACCCUGUCGACAAAUUAAAGCUCCUGGACCUCCAGUUAAUCCCAGAAUAAAGGACUACAAAGGAAAAAUGCAGACCUAGGGUCUGAUUAGCAACAAAGAUGGAGGCAGUCCAAUCAUGGGUUUCAUUAUUGAAAUUCAGAAAGUUGGCGGAGAAUUGGAGAUCAUCAACAAGGAUGGUCACAUUAAGCAGUGUGCUUACAGGGUUAAAGGCCUUGAAGCACUAGAGUACAGGUUCCGCAUUAGUGCUGUAAAUAUGAUUGGAGUUGGAGCGCCUAGAGAAUGCCCUGAAUCGGUGGUUGCCAAAGACAUCAUGAUACCUCCAGAGAUCGAGAUGGAUGCCACAAGCCGGGAGCGUUUGACUGUCCGUGUUGGACAUAACGUCAACAUCGUCGGUUAUGUGAAAGCCAGACCCGAUCCAGAGAUUAUCUGGAAAAAGGGGUGAGGACGUUUUUGAAACCGCCAAGACAACACUAACUCAAACUUGCCUGUUGUUCAACUGAGAAUCAAAGAGGCAACCAGAGCUGACCACGGAAAGUAUGUUUUGAAGGCUAACAACUACAGUGGUGAAGCCGAAGCAACAAUAACUGUGAAUGUGUUGGAUAGACCUGGACACUGUCAGAAUCUGAAGGCCACCUAUGUGACCAAAGACUCCUGUAUGGUGUCCUGGGAGAACCCUGUGGACAACGGAGGCUCUGAGAUUACAAACUACAUUGUUGAGUGCCGUGAACCCAGUGUGAGGCUUUGGUCAAUGAUCUCAUCUGACUGCACUAACCGCAUGGUUAAAGCGAAACUCAUGGAGGGCCACGAGUAUCUCUUCCGUGUUUGUGCUGCGAACAAAUGUGGCCCUGGGCCCACAGUUGAGACAAAACAACCAACCCUUGCCAUCAAUCCCAUUAACAAGCCUGGUGAGCCAGAGAACUUCCACGUAACCGACGUUGGUAAGAACUUUGUCUUCUUGAAAUGGAGGAGGCCAGACUAUGAUGGUGGAAGCCCCAACAUUGGUUAUGCUUUGGAGAGCAAAGAAGCGGGAGCGGCAGAAUGGGUGCCAUUACACGAGGAUCUGAUUACAUAUACAUUCUUCAUGGCUGACAAGUGUGUGGAAAAACAAACCUAUCAGUUCAGAGUGCAGACAUGCAAUGAAGGUGGAGAAAGUGACUGGGUGAAGACUGGUGAUGUACUUGUUAAGGAGGAGAUCCAGAAACCAGUGCUUGAUAUGAAGUUAGCUGGAGCCCUUGUGGUUAAAGCUGGAGAGUCUAUCAGAAUUGAGGCUGGACUCAGAGGAAAGCCUCAACCAGAGGUGAAAUGGGUGAAGGACAAGGCCACAGGAGAUAACCCCAGAGUUAGUAUUGAAACGGGCACAGAUUACUCUAAAUUCCUUAUGAUCAAAUCCAAACGUACAGACACCGGAAAAUAUGUUGUCACUGCCACAAACUCUGCUGGAACCUUCACUGGUUACGCAAUUGUUAAUGUCUUGGAUGUCCCAGGGCCUGUGAGAGACGUGAAGGUGUCUGGAAUCGGAGUAGACAAAUGUGGAGUUGCAUGGGAUCUCCCAGAAGAUGAAGGUGGAUGUGAGGUUGAUAGCUAUAUCAUUGAGAAAUGUGAGACAAGAAGAAUGGUCUGGUCCACAUACUCUGCUUCACUUGUCACCAACUAUUGCAAUGUCACCCGACUAGUAGAAGGAAAUGAGUACAUCUUCCGCAUCAGAGCAGAAAACAAGAUGGGGACAGGUCCUGCAGUGGAGAGCAAACCCAUCACAGCUAGGACUCAGUUCAACAGACCUGGACCACCAGAAUCACCAGAGAUCACCAAGAUCGGCAAGGAGGAGAUGACAGUCGUAUGGGCCCCACCAGAGAAAGAUGGUGGAAAGUCUGUCACUGGUUAUAUCCUGGAAAGGGAAAAGAAAAGCGCGCUGUCAAAAUGGGUGCCAUGCACAAAGAGUACCAUCUCUGAGAGACGCAUGAAAGUCAGCAACUUAAUUCCCAACCACGAGUAUCAAUUCCGUGUCAAGGCUGAAAAUGAAGUUGGACUGGGAGAGCCAAGCAAACCAUGCAGACCAGUAGCAGCCAAAGAUCCAAUUGAGGCUCCUGGUCCUCCAGGCAGUUUCAAGGUGAUUGACAGCACCAAGACGUCCAUUACUCUUGGGUGGGCCAAGCCUAUCUAUGAUGGAGGUGCUCCUAUCAUUGGUUACAUGGUUGAAAUGAGAGACAAACCUGAACCUAAACCUGAAGUGGUUGAAGCUGAAGCUAUUCCUGAAGCUAAACCUGCAGAGGAAGCUAAGCCUGAAGGUGAAGCCAAGCCUGAAGGUGAAGCUAAGCCUGAAGCAGCAGCAGCAGGAGAAGGAGAAGGUGAGGAAGAAUAUGAAGAGGCCGCUGAGGAUGAAGCUGCUGAAGUUGCAGCUAAAGCUAAAGCUGAAGCUAAACGUAAGGAGAAAGAAGAGGGCUGGAAGAAGUGCAACACCGGUGCUGGUGUGCUGGUGCACACAGAAUUCACCAUUCCAAACUUGAAUGAGAAGCAGAUGUAUGAAUUCAGAGUCUCUGCACAGAACCAGGUCGGCUGGGGCCGUCCUGCUACACUCAAAGACGCUGUCAACCCCAAGGAGGUCCUCGAGGCACCAGAGAUCGACUUGGAUGCCAGUCUCAGGAAGGGCUUCACUGUCAGAGCAGGCUGCCCCAUCAGACUCUUCGCUACUAUCAGAGGAAGACCAUCCCCCAAAGUCACCUGGAAGAAGCUCGGUGUAGAUAAUGUGGUCAGGAGAGGGCACGUGGAUCAGAUUGAUACUAUGUCCUUCCUUGUGAUCCCUGAGAGCACUCGGGACGACUCCGGCAAAUACUCUCUGACACUCUCCAACUCCGCUGGGGAGAAAGCUAUAUUUGUCCGUGUUAAAAUAUUGGAUACUCCUGGACCUGUCGGCGGAUUUGAGGUCUGUGAUGUGACAAGCACCGGUUGUCAGCUGUCUUGGCUCCCUCCAGAUAAUGAUGGUGGCUGUCAAAUCCAGAACUACAUCAUUGAGAAACGUGAACUCGACAAGAAGACUUGGUCAAAUUGUAUCAACGACUUGAAGAAAACAAGCUUCAAAGUCACCGGCCUCACACCUGGCUGUGACUACUACUUUAGAGUUAUGGCAGUCAAUAAAUAUGGCAUUGGUGUUCCUAAAGACUCUCCAAAAGCCUACCUGACAGCUGAUCCUAUAAGUGAACCUGAUCCACCCAAGAAGAUGGAUGUCUUGGAAGUGACAAAGAACAGUGCCACUCUGGGAUGGCUGAAACCUUUGAGGGAUGGUGGAGCUAAGAUCAAUGGCUACAUGGUUGAUUACAAAGAGGACGGUGAACCUGAAGACAAAUGGACACCAUAUUCCGUUGUUAAAGACUUAACCAUUGUAGUCGUUGGACUUAAAGAGGGCACAAAGUACAAGUUCAGGGUUGCAGCAAGAAACGUGGCUGGAACCAGUCUGGCAAGAGAAGCUGAGGGAGUAUUUGAGGUCAAGGAGCAGCUGAUGGCACCAAAGAUCAUCAUGCCUGAUAUUGUCACAGUAAAGGCAGGAGAGAAAAUGAGAGUUGAUGCUAUUGUGGCUGGAAAACCUGCACCAUUCUGCAAAUGGAGGCAAGGAGCUGAGGAUCUGUUGACAUCUGAUCGUCUCAUGGUGCAAAAGUCUCCAAACUGCAUUGCGCUCAUCAUGAAAGACGUCUCGAGAAAGGACAGUGGUUACUACAGUCUUUCUGCUGAGAACAGCACCGCCAAAAUCAGCCAAAUUCUUAGAGUCGUAGUACAGGAUAAGCCUGGGCCUCCUGACGCUCCCCUGGAGAUCGUUGAGCUUGAUAUUGAUGCCUGCACACUCCAGUGGAACCAACCCAGUGAGGACGGUGGAAGUAAUAUCACUAACUACGUCAUUGAGAAGUGUGAUGUGAGCAGAGGAGACUGGGUCAUAGCUUCUGGAUCAUGCACCACAACCAGCUACAGAGUUGGCAAGCUUACCCCUGGAAUGGAGUAUGGCUUCCGAAACCGAGCAGAGAACAGAUUUGGCAUCUCAGAGCCAAUCUAUUCAGAGAAAAUGAUAGCUAGAUAUCCCUUCGAUGUCCCAGGCGAGCCUAGAAAUCUGUGCAUCACGAAAGUCAAGAGUGAAGCAGUGUCUCUGUCCUACGAGACCCCAUCAACUGACGGUGGCAGUCCUCUUACCGGAUACUGCAUUGAGCGCAAAGAGAGGAACAGCCUUCUCUGGGUAAGAGCAAAUGAGUCCGUUGUCCGCGGACUUGAAUACAACUGCACAGGCUUAAUGGAAGGUCUGGAAUAUGCAUUCAGAGUGUCUGCCCUCAACAAGGCCGGCCAGGGUAAACCAAGCAAACAGACUGACUGGGUCACAGCAAGAACACCCAUUGAUCCACCUGGUAAACCUGAAGUAAUGGAUGUGACAAAGAGCACUGUUUCACUUGUUUGGACUCGUCCCCAAAAUGAUGGAGGUAGCAAGCUCAUCGGAUACUAUGUGGAGUAUAUGAAGAUUGGUCAAGAAGUAGAGAAAUGGGUUCGCUGCAAUGCCAACUGCCAGAACGUCAAGAGAGAAGACUAUGUUGUAGCUGGCCUGGAGGAGGGAGCCCAGUAUCGCUUCAGAGUUUUUGCCAAAACAGCGAUCAACAUCAGCUUGCCUUCUGAGAUCUCAGAUGCCAUUCCAGUGUUUGCAGAGAAUGUUCCCCCCAGGGUCGAGCUGGGAGUGGACAUGAAGAACAUGAUCAUAGUGAAGGCUGGAGAAAAUGUCUCCUUUGAUGCAGUAGUGUUUGGAAAACCACUUCCCAAGGUUACAUGGAAGAGAAAUGGUGUUCCGUUGAAACUGGUUGAGGGGAUGAAGAUGACACAGAAGAGACACACACACAUUCUGGAAUUGUUCUCUGUUGCAAGGAAGGAGUCUGGAGAGUACACUAUUCUAGCUGAAAAUCCCAAUGGCACUAAAUAUGCCAAUAUUAAGCUCAAGGUUCUAGACAAACCUGGCCCACCUGCCGGAGUGAAGGUCACCAAGGUGUUUGCGGACCGUAUUAAAAUGAGGUGGGAGCCACCUGUUGCAGAUGGAGGCUCUGAAAUCACCAACUACAUCAUUGACAAACGUGAAACCAGCAGAGCGAACUGGGCUCUGGUCACCUCCAAUAUCAAUGGUCAACUGACCGAUUGCACAGUAGAUAAACUCAUGCAGGACCAUGAAUACCAGUUCAGGGUCAGUGCUGAGAACCAGUAUGGUAUUGGGGACCCAAUACUCACCGACCCUGUCAUGGUCAAGAAUCCAUAUGAUGUUCCUGGUCCUACUGAGCCACCAGUUAUUACCAACAUUACAGCCAAUUCUAUGACUGUCAGCUGGAAGGCGCCUGCUGAUGAUGGUAAAGCUACCAUUCUGGGUUACAUGGUUGAGAAACGUGAAGCGUCAGAGCUCAACUGGGUUAAAGUCAACCGUAAACCAGUGAUUGACAGGAGCAUAAAAGCUGCCCAGCUCUCAGAGGGUUCUGAGUAUGAGUUCAGAGUGAUUGCCAUGAACAAAGCUGGAUUUGGCAAACCAAGUGAUGCAUCCAAUGCUGCCAUUGCUGUUGAUCCUGUGUAUCCACCUGCACCACCUGCUUUCCCUAAAGUCGUCGACUCAACACACAGCACCAUUAGCUUGUCUUGGACCAAGCCUGCUUACGAUGGUGGUUGUGAGAUCUUCGGCUACCUUGUCGAAGUGAAGAGAGCUGAUGCAGAAGACUGGACGAAGUGCAAUGUGCCCAAAAAGCUACAAGAAACCAAGUUCCUGGUUACUGGUCUCAAUGAUAAAACAGAAUAUGUGUUCCGUGUCUUUGCUGUGAACAAGAUUGGAUACAGCGAGCCAAGUGAAGUUCCUGGGAAACACGAGGCCAAAGAUAUCCUGAUUGCCGCUGAUGCUGAGCUGGAUGCAGACCUUCGCAAGGCGCUGGUCCUGAGAGCCGGAGUCACAAUGAGACUCUAUGUGCCACUGAUAGGACGUCCCCCACCCAAAGUGGUGUGGACCAAGGUCAAUGCCAACCUCAAAGAACGAGCAGGAGUCAUGAUCAAAACGACCGAAUGUGAUACCCUUAUGUACAUUGAGGAUAUCAACAGAUAUGAUGCUGGCAAAUAUGUUUUGUCACUUGAAAACGAGAGUGGAAAGAAGUCUUACACUAUCGUCGUGAAGGUCCUAGAUACUCCUGGUCCACCACUGAAUCUGAUUGUGAAGGAAACAUCUCUGAACCAUGCAUCCAUCGGCUGGGAUCCUCCUCUGAUUGAUGGAGGAAGCCCAGUGAAGAGUUACAUUGUUGAGAAGCGUCUUGCAGAGAGAAAGGCAUGGUCCUGUGUCAUAGCCGAAUGCCCCAAAUCUACUUUCAGGAUUCCUAACUUGGAAGCUGGACAGGCCUACUGUUUCAGAGUCUUGGCUGAAAAUAACUAUGGUAUCGGAGAAGGUUGUGAGACUGCCGGAAUUGUAAGAGCUUCAGAACUACCUGGAGUGGUUAUGGAUUUCAAGGCACUGUCGAUCACUAAAGAUUCCAUUCAUAUUGGCUGGAAGAAGCCAAUCAGUGAUGGUGGAAGUCACAUAAGUGCCUAUCUUCUGGAGCUUCAGGAAGGUGAAGAGAAGUAUAAGGAGCUAGUGAAAGGAAAGGUCAUGUCACACAUGAUGGUUGAACUUGAAGAAGGAAAGGAGUACUCUUACAGAGUGAAAGCAAUCAAUGAGUCUGGAGAGGGUCCACUGGAGCUCACUGUGAUCGCUAAAGAUCAAAUCGUUGCACCUGACUGUGACCUGAGUGGCAUCCCAGAUCUCUGCUAUGUUGCCAAGGAGGGAAGCACAGUCCGUAUCAACGUACCUAUUGUUGGUAAACCAGCUCCUUCAGCCAUCUGGAAGAAGGGACAUGUUUCUCUGGGAGACAGUGGAAGAAUGUCAGUUGAAUAUACACCUACUUUGACAACUUUGCUCAUCCGUGAUUGCCAGAGAGGUGAUGCGGAAAAUUACACAAUCCUGCUAAGAAACGCUGCAGGAGUCAAAGAAGCAAAGAUCCAGAUUAAGGUGGUUGGAAAACCAGGAAUCCCAACAGGACCAUUCAAGUUUGAUGAAAUCACUGCCGAUGGAAUCACUCUGGAUUGGGGUCCACCAAAGGAUGAUGGUGGCACUGAAAUAUCCAACUACAUUCUGGAGAAGCGGCAAUCAACAGCCAACAAGUGGGCAACUGUGGCAUCUGCUAUCCAGAAGAAUACCAUGAGAGUUACCAGGCUCCAUGAUGGUACUGAAUACAUCUUCAGAGUGUUCGCAGAAAACAAAUAUGGAGUUGGAGAAUGCCUCAAAUCUGACCCAGUGGUGGCUCAGCAUCCAUUCAAUGUGCCUGAUGCACCUGCACCACCAGAGAUUGUGAGCAUUCGCCAUGAGUCGGCCAUUUUGAAUUGGACUGAUCCUAAAGAAAAUGGAGGCUCACCAAUCACUGGCUAUCAUGUCGAAUACAAAGAAAGGAACAGCUUGAUGUGGAAGAGAGCCACUAAGACCCCUAUUAGGGUAAAGGACUGCAGAGUGACUGGACUGAUUGAAGGCCUGGAGUAUGAAUUCAGAGUCAUGGCAAUGAAUGCGGCCGGUUUAGGAAGGCCAAGCAGGGCAACAGAACCAGUCAUCGCCCUUGAUCCAAUUGAUCCUCCUGGUAAGCCUGAUGUCAUCAAUGUAACCAGAAGCACUGUAACACUUAUGUGGACUGCACCCAAGUACGAUGGUGGACACAAACUGACUGGCUACCUGGUUGAGAAACUGGAAUUGCCAGGAAAGACCUGGAUGAAAGCAAAUCAUAUCAAUGUCCAAGGCCUUGCGUUUACCGUGCCAGACCUGACGGAAGGCAGCAGCAUGGAAUUCAGAAUCAGAGCAAAGAAUGCAGCUGGCGCAAUCAGUGUUCCUUCAGAGCAAACUGAUACCCUUAUCUGCAAAGAUGAGUAUGAACCACCAAGCAUCACUAUCGAUCCAGACAUGAAGGAAGGUGUCUCUGUCAGAGCUGGGGACACCAUUGUGGUAUCUGCUUCCAAGAUCGUUGGCAAACCUCCACCUACAGCUGUGUGGUCCAAGGCAGGAAGAGAAUUCAAGACCUCAGAUAUUGUCCAGAUCACAAGCACUCCAACUACUUCAACGUUGUCUAUUAAAUAUGCCAGCAGGAAGAACACUGGAGAGUACACAAUUACAGCCAGUAAUCCUUUCGGUAUCAGAGAAGAACAUGUUAAGGUCAAAGUUCUUGAUAUCCCUGGACCUCCAGGCCCCAUUGAAGCUAGCAGUGUGUCAGCUGAGAAGUGCACAUUGACAUGGUUGCCACCAGAAGAGGAUAGUGGCUGCGCAAUCAAAUCCUACACACUGGAGAAGAGAGAAACAAGCCGUCUUCUCUGGACCAAACUUGCUGAAAAUAUAUUUGAUUGCAGAUUUGUUGCAAACAAGCUGAUCAAGGGCAAUGAGUACAUCUUCCGUGUGUCUGCAGUGAACCAGUAUGGCACUGGUGAUGCGACACAAUCCGGCCCAGUCAAAAUGGUUGACAGCUUUGGCCCCCCAGGCCCACCUGGAGUCCCAGAGAUUGACAAUGUCAGCAGGAACGCUGUCACCAUUUUCUGGAAGAGGCCAGUUAAAGAUGGUGGAAGUGAUAUUAGAGGUUAUCAGGUUGAGAGGAAAGAGAGAAGAGGAAUGAGAUGGGUGAGAGCAUCGAAGAAAACGGUCUCUGACCUACGUUGCAAAGUACAAGGACUGACGGAAGGUGUUCAAUAUGAAUUCAGAGUAACUGCAGAGAACAAAGCUGGCUUUGGGGAACCCAGUGAGCCAUCUGCCCAUGUAAUGACAAAGGAUAUUGUAUAUCCACCAGGACCUCCUUCCAACCCAAGAAUUACUGACACCACCAAGACAACAGCCACAUUCAACUGGGGUAAACCCCAUUACGAUGGUGGCCUAGAUGUAGCCGGAUACAUUGUUGAGCACAAGAAGGAAGGACAUGACGAUUGGGUCACAGAUGUCACAAGAUUGAGAAUUACAGAAUAUGUUGUGUCAGACCUGAAGGCUGGUGGGAACUACUAUUUCAGAGUCAGAGCCAUGAAUACAGAGGGAAUUGGUGAACCAGCAGAGGUUGAAGAAAUUGUCGAACUUGAGGACCGUGAGACACUUCCCGACUAUGAGCUUGACGCUGAGUAUAGAAAAACCCUUGUUGUCAGGGUCCGUGGAUCCAUUCGUAUCUUCGUACCAAUUAAAGGACGUCCAGUUCCUGAAGUAACCUGGAUGAAAGAUGCCGCCAUUCUUAGAAAAGGUGGCCGUGAACACAUUGAUACUACAGAGUCGUAUACUCUCCUGGUUAUCCCUGACUGCACAAGAUAUGAUGCCGGAAAAUACAUGGUGUCAUUAGAAAAUGUUGCUGGUAAGAGAGACGGAUUUGUUAACGUCAGAGUACUGGAUUCACCAGGACCACCUGUGAACUUGAUACCACGUGUCAUCACCAAAACAAGCAUCACUAUGCAGUGGGAAAUCCCCAUUAUUGAUGGUGGAUCAAAGAUCAUUAACUACAUCAUUGAGAAGCGAGAAGCCACAAGGAAGGCUUACACGGUAAUCAGUACAACCUGGCAGAAAUGUUCCUUCAAGUAUGACAACUUGGAUGAAGGCUCUGAAUAUUACUUCCGUGUAUCCGCUGAAAAUGAACUGGGUGUCGGCGAGCCAGCAGAGACACCUGAGACAAUCAGAGCAUCCCAAGCACCCACUGCCCCUGAAAAUCUGUAUGUCACUGAUGUAUCAGCGGACACUGCAAGCCUUGCAUGGACGAAGCCAAAACAUGAUGGCGGCAGUAGGAUUACUGGAUACGUUAUUGAAGCACAGAAGAAGGACACCGAGACAUGGACCCAUGUGACAACUGUAAAGGCUCUUGACUACACAGCCACAGAUCUCAUUGAAAAUAUGGAGUAUGUGUUCCGCAUCAUGGCAGUAAACAGCUCUGGCAGAAGUGAUCCACGUGAAAGCAGACCUGCUAUCAUUAGAGAACAAACAGCAGCACCUUCGUUUGACCUGCGUGGAGUCUACCAGUCCUUGGUCAUUGCUAAAGCUGGUGAUAACGUGAAGGUUGAAAUUCCUGUUCUGGGUCGCCCCAGGCCAACAGUUUCAUGGAAGAGAGGAGAGGACACACUUAAACAGACACAGAGAAUCAACACUGAUACUACUGCAACUUCAACUACUCUCCACAUCAAUGAGAUCAAAAGGACCGAUGGUGGUACAUUUUCAAUGACCGGCAAAAAUAUCCUUGGAACAACGACAGAGACAAUUACUGUUGAAGUCCACGAUAUUCCAGGACCUCCUACUGGGCCAAUUAAGCUUGAAGAAGUUUCAUGUGACUACAUUCUCAUGUCAUGGGAAGGUCCGGAGAAUGAUGGUGGUGUACCCAUUAACAAUUACAUUGUUGAAGCUAGAGAAACCACAGGCACAUCAUGGGUUGAAUUAGCAGCAACAGUUAUCCGUACGACAUUCAAAGCUGCUCGUCUCACAACAGGAAUCACAUAUCAGUUCCGUGUCAAAGCCCAGAACAGGUAUGGCAUUGGACCCUGUAUAGUCUCAGAACAAGUGGUUGCUGCUUAUCCAUUCGAUGUGCCAGGACAACCAGGCAUUCCUGAAAUCGUCCACUUCAACAAGGAUUCUAUGACUAUUAGCUGGGAUGAACCAGCUUCCGAUGGUGGAAGCCCCAUUUUGGGAUAUCACAUUGAAAGGAAAGAGAAGAACAGUAUCCUGUGGCAGGAGAUCAGCAAAGCACUUGUAGCAGGGAACAUGUUCAAAUCAACAGGCUUGGUGGAUGGAAUUGCCUAUGAGUACCGUGUUAUUGCUGAAAACAUGGCUGGUUUGAGCAGGGCAAGCAAGCAUUCUGAGACUACCUUUGCUUUGGAUCCAGUGGACUCACCUGGCCAACCAGUGGCAUUGAAUGUAACCAGACAUGAGGUGACUCUUCAGUGGACAAAACCUGAAGGUGAUGGAGGAUUCUCAAUAACUGGGUACCAAGUAGAAAAGAGAGAACUCCCAGAUGGACGCUGGCUUAAGGCCAACUAUAGCAACAUCCUUGAGACAACAUUCACUGUUAGCGGGCUCACAGAGGAUGCUACUUAUGAGUUCCAUGUUAUGGCAAGAAACUCAGCUGGUGCUCUCAGUAAGCCAUCUCUACCAUCAGAGGAAAUCACUUGCAGAGAUGACAUUGAGGAGCCUAAACUUGAAGUUGAUACAAUCUAUAAUAGUACUGUGGUUGUUAAAGCAGGAGAUGUCUUCAAACUUGCUGCCAGCGUAACAGGCAGACCAAUCCCAACACUGCUAUGGACCAAAGACGGGAAGGAACUUGAAGAUACGGCAAAGUUGGAAAUCAAACUUCAUGACUUUUCUACAACCUUAGUCAACAAAGAUUCUCUAAGAAGGUGCGGCGGCACAUUCACUUUAACUGCCAGCAAUCCUGGUGGUUUUGCAAAGCAUACCUUCAAUGUUAAGGUUCUUGAUAGACCUGGACCUCCAGAUGGUCCACUUGCUGUAACAGACGUCACUGCUGAGAAAUGUAUCCUGUCAUGGCUGCCACCAUCACAUGAUGGUGGUGCAAAGAUUCUACACUACAUCAUUGAGAAACGUGAAACAAGUAGACUUGCUUGGACAAAUGUAGCAUCAGACUUACAAGUGAACCGGUUUAAGGUUAUCAAGUUGUUGAAGGGUAAUGAGUAUAUCUUCAGAGUUAUGGCUGUCAACAUGUAUGGAACUGGAGAGCCCCUUGAGUCCAACCCAAUGGUGUCUACAAAUCCAUAUGUGCCAGCUGAUGCUCCAUCAACACCUGAGGUGACGACCAUCACAAAGAACACCAUGGUUGUUUGCUGGGAACGCCCUGAUCACGACGGUGGAAGCGGCAUUUUCAACUAUGUUGUUGAAAGGAGAGACAAAACUGGUCUUCGCUGGGUUAAAUGCAACAAGAGGACUGUAACUGACCUGAGGUACAAAGUAUCUGGACUCACACCAGGGCAUGAAUAUGAAUUCAGAAUCAUUGCAGAAAAUAAUGCUGGUUUAGGCACACCAAGUUCUUCAAGUGAAUUCUACAAGGCAGUAGAUACAAUCUUCCAACCUGGACCACCUGGAAAUCAAAGAGUCUUGGACACAACCAAGUCAUCCAUUACAGUUGCAUGGAACAAACCUGUAUACGAUGGUGGUUCUGAUAUCAUUGGAUACAUUGUGGAGACCUGUCUACCUGAGGAAGAUGAAUGGACAAUUCGGACCCCUAAGAAGGGAUUAGUUGGUACAUCAUUUACCAUCACUAACCUGGUAGAAAACCAAGAUUAUAAAAUCAACAUUUGCGCAGUUAACUGUGAAGGGGUUGGAGAGCCAGCAAAAGUGCCUGGCACACCAAUUGCAGAGGAUAGGCUGCUUCCUCCUGAAAUUGACCUUGGUGCAGAGCUUCGUAAGGUUGUCUGCAUUAGAGCUUGCGGCACAUUGAGACUCUUUGUACCUAUUAAAGGAAGACCAGCUCCUGAGGUCAAGUGGUCCAGAGAAAAUGGAGAGCCUGUUACGAGAGCAACUAUUGACACCACAUCAUCAUUUACUGCUCUUAUGGUUGAAAAUGUUGACAGAUUUGACAGUGGAAAGUACAUGUUGACAGUGGAAAACGCCUCAGGAAGCAAAACAGCAUAUGUGAAUGUCAGAGUGCUGGACACACCUGGGGCACCACAAAGCCUCAUAAUCAGGGAGGUCACCAGAGACUCAGUAUCACUCAUGUGGGACACACCCCUUAUUGACGGUGGCUCCAGAAUUAGAAACUACGUUGUGGAGAAACGUGAAUCAACAAGAAAAGCUUACUCCACAGUUUGUGCUCAAUGCGUUAAAUCUAGCUGGAAAAUUGGUGGCCUGGAGGAAGGAAACACAUAUUUCUUCAGAAUUCUGGCUGAGAAUGAAUUUGGCAUUGGCCUUCCAAUAGAGACUCCUGAGGCAGUCAGAGUAUCCGAGAAGCCACUUCCACCAGGCAAAGUAGCUCUUGUUGAUGUUACAGGCACCAGUGUCUCUCUGUCUUGGGAAAAACCAGAUCACGAUGGAGGAAGCAGAAUCUCAGGAUAUAUUGUUGAAAUGCAGGGCAAAGACAGUGAAACUUGGACCCAGUGUGCGGUUGCAAAAAUCACACAAGCUGUUGUUCUUGGACUGACACAGGGUGAAGAAUAUAUGUUCCGUGUGUCAGCACAUAAUGAAAAAGGAACCAGUGAUCCUCGUCUACUUAGUGUACCUGUGGUAGCCAAAGAUCUUGUCAUUGCUCCAGUAUUCAAGCUGCUGUUUACCACAUUCAGUGUAUUGGCAGGAGAUGAUCUUAAGAUAGAUUUGCCAUAUGCUGCUCGUCCCAAAGCAGUUGCGACCUGGCUCAAGGAUGGUGUCGCACUCAAAGAAACAACCAGAGUCAAUGCUGAUGCCACUGAUAAACAUUUGUAUCUUGUGGUCAAGGAAGCCAGUAGGGAGGACGUGGGCAAGUACACCAUCAAACUUGUAAACACAGCUGGUGAAGCAACAGUGGACAUUGGGGUUGUUGUUCUUGAUAAGCCUGGUCCUCCGACUGGCCCAAUCACCCUUGAUGAAGUCACUUCUGACAGUGUGGUACUGUCCUGGAACCCACCUACAUAUGUGGGUGGUUGUGCUAUUAACAACUAUGUAGUAGAAAAGAGGGAAACUACCUCCACAAAUUGGCAGAUUGUGUCUGCAACAGUUGCAAGAACCACCAUUAAAGCAGCUCGGUUAAAGACUGGCUAUGAAUAUCAGUUCAGGAUCGCUGCUGAGAACAGAUAUGGAAAGAGUCCAGUACUUAUAUCAGAAAAUAUUGUUGCUCAAUAUCCAUUCAAUCUCCCAAGCGCUCCAGGGACCCCAGUUAUACAAUCAUCUACAAAGGACAGCAUGGUUAUUGUAUGGGAGAAGCCUGGUAGUGAUGGUGGGAGCAAGAUUUUGGGAUAUCACCUUGAGAGUAAGGAGAGAAACAGCCUCCUUUGGGUGAAACAAAACAAACAGCUGAUCCCAGACUCGAGGUUCAAGCUCGGUGGUCUUGACGAAGGUAUCGAAUAUGAGUACAGAGUUUAUGCUGAAAAUAUUGUUGGGGUUGGCAAAGCUAGCAAAUGUUCAGAAAUCCGUGUAGCAAGAGAUCCCUGUGACAGUCCUGGCAAGCCUGAAGCUGUCAUUGUCACAAGAGGAGCUGUCACUCUCCAAUGGACUAAGCCAGAGUUAGAUGGAGGUAGCAAAAUCACUGGCUACAUUGUGGAGAAGAAAGAGCUGCCUGAAGGGCGCUGGAUGAAGGCCAGUUUCGCCAAUGUCAUUGAGACCCAAUUUGUUGUGACUGGCUUAGUUGAAAACCAGUGCUAUGAGUUCCGUGUCAUUGCAAGAAAUGCAGCAGGUGUUUUCAGUCUUCCAUCCGAGAGCACUGGGUCUAUUACAGCAAAGGAUGAAGUUGAUCCUCCCAAAAUAGAGAUCGACUCAAAGUACUCUUCAACAGUUGUUCUGAUGGCUGGUGAAUCGUUCAACCUUUGUGCAGAUAUUUUUGGCAAACCUGUGCCCUCAGUCCAUUGGAUGAAGAACAACAUAGAAAUAAAAGAUGCUGCACGCCUUGAGAUAAAGAACACUGCUUUUAAAGCAUCUUUGAGUGUUAAGGAGGCAAUCCGUGUUGAUGGAGGCCAAUAUAUCCUACUUUUGAAAAAUGUAGGUGGAGAGAAGGCAGUGAACAUCAAUGUCAAAGUGUUGGACAGACCUGGUCCACCAGGAGGCCCAAUUUCUAUCUAUGGAGUCACAAGUGAAAAGGCUUGUAUUGCCUGGAGACCACCAGCACAAGACGGAGGUAGUGAUGUUUCUCAUUACAUCGUUGAGAAGAGAGAGACUAGCAGAUUGGUUUGGACUCUGGUUGAACCUAAAUUGCAGACUCUAAAUCUGAAGAUCUUAAAACUUGUUCCUGGAAAUGAGUAUGUCUUCCGAGUGAUUCCUGUAAACAAAUACGGAAUUGGCGAGCCUCUUGAAUCGGAGCCAAUGAUUUCCAGAAAUCAAUUUGUGACACCUGAUCCACCAACGGAUGUGGAAGUCUCUACCAUCACAAAAGAUUCAAUGGUGGUAACCUGGGAAAGACCUGAAAACGAUGGUGGCAAUGCCAUUUCUGGAUUUGUCAUUGAGAAGCGUGAUAAAGAAGGUGUGCGCUGGACCAGAUGCAAUAAGCGUACAGUGAGUGAGCUGCGCUUCAGAGUAGCAGGUCUUCUUGAGAACCACAGCUAUGAGUUCCGAGUUUCAUCUGAGAAUGCUGCUGGAGUUGGUAAACCAAGUGAACCCACUAUUUACUAUAAAGCAUUGGAUGCUAUCUUCACAUCAGGUCCACCAAAUAAUCCCAAAGUGACUGACACAACAAGAACAUCUGUGUCCUUGUCAUGGGGCAAACCUAUCUAUGAUGGUGGCUGUGAGAUUCAAGGAUACUUAGUGGAGGCCUGUGAAGGAGCAUCUGAUGAAUGGACAAUGUGCACUCCACCAGCUGGAAUCAUAAACACUAAAUUUACAGUUACAAAACUCCUAGAGAAGCACGAGUAUAAAUUCAGAGUCUGUGCCAUAAACAAGGUUGGUGUUGGUGAGCAUGCAGAUGUCCCUGGAUCAGUUAUUCUAGAGGAGAAAUUGGAAGCACCAGAUCUUGAGCUUGACGCUGACAUGAGAAAGAUGAUUAAUGUCAGAGCUGGAAGCGCUCUUAGGUUGUUCGUUCCUGUUAGGGGACGGCCGGCUCCUGAACUGAAAUGGGGAAAGGCUGAUGGAGAACUCAAGGAGACAGCACAGAUAGACAAUACAAGCAGUUACGCCUCACUUCUGAUUGAAAACGUUGACAGAUUUGACACUGGCAAGUACACUGUUACUGCAGAGAAUUCCAGUGGAGUUAAAUCUGUCUUCAUCAGUGUCAGAGUACUUGAUUCACCUAGUAUGCCUGCAAAUUUUGCUAUCAAGGAGAUAACAAAGAACUCAGUCACCCUUACUUGGGAGCCACCUAUUUUGGAUGGUGGGUCUAAAAUUAAGCAAUAUCAUGUUGAAAAACGAGAAAGCACUAGGAAAGUGUAUUCCCCUGUCACAACAUGUCACAAGAUGUCAUGGAAGAUUGAACCACUUGUGGAGGGAAGUAUCUAUUUCUUCAGGGUUCUUGCUGAAAACGAGUGGGGCAUUGGCUUACCUGCAGAGACCCCAGAACCCCUAAAGAUUUCAGAGGUACCUCAACCUCCCGGUAAAGUAACAGUUCUGGACGUGACACGUAACAGUGUCUCGCUUAAGUGGGAGAAACCAGAUCAUGAUGGAGGCAGCAGAAUAAGCCAUUAUGAGAUUGAAAUGCAAGCCAAGGAUAGUGACAAAUGGACAUUAUGUGCUCAAUGUAAAUACCUUGAAACUACUGUCACUAGCUUAGCCCAAGGAGAGGAGUACCAAUUCAGAGUAAUUGCUGCCAAUAGCAAAGGAAAGAGUGACUCUAGACUUCUGGCCAAUCCAGUACUAGUAAAGGAACUUGUCAUUGAACCUGACAUAAGACCUAAAUUGACACAGUACAGUGUACAGGUCGGUUAUGAUCUGAAGAUUGAAGUUCCCAUUGCUGGACAUCCUAAACCAGUCAUUACAUGGACAAAGGACGGUGCUGCACUGAAACAGACCACAAGAGUUAAUGUUGUCGACAGUGCACGCAAUACACAUCUAACCAUCAAAGAAGCAACAAAAGAUGAUGGUGGAUUGUAUAGUAUUAAUAUUACCAAUAUGCAUGGCUCCAAAGAUGCCACCAUUGAAGUAAUCACACUGGAUAAACCUGGCCCACCAACAGGCCCAAUCAAGAUCGAUGACAUCAGUGCUGAAAGUAUCACACUUUCCUGGGAACCACCCUCAUACACUGGUGGCUGCCCAAUUUCAAAUUACGUUGUCCAGAAAAAAGAUGCAACCACAACCAACUGGGUAGUAGUCUCUGCCACCGUGGCAAGAAAUACCCUGAAAGUGACAAAUCUAAAAACAGGUGCAGAAUACCAAUUUAGGAUCUGUGCUGAAAACAGAUAUGGCAAAAGUUAUGCUAUUGAUUCUGAGCCUGUACUUGCCCAGUAUCCCUUCAAGGAGCCAGGACCACCAGGAACACCUUACGUAUCUUCAUACACUAAGGAUUAUAUGGUUGUGGAAUGGCACAAACCACUUUCAGAUGGAGGCAGUGCCAUUUUUGGCUAUCACAUUGAGAGAAAGGAAAAGAACAGUAUCCUUUGGACAAAGAUCAAUAAAUCCCUCAUCCAAGACUGUAGAUUUAAAUCUACUCCUUUGGAGGAAGGGAUUGAAUAUGAAUUUAGAGUGUCUGCUGAGAAUAUCGUUGGCAUUGGCACAUGCAGCAAACUCUCUGAGGGAUAUGUGGCACGUGACCCAUGUGAUCCUCCAGGCACCCCAGAGGCUAUCAUUGUAACCAGGCACUCCGUGAAACUGAAGUGGACAAGACCACAGGAUGACGGUGGCAGUCUGAUCACAGGCUAUGUGGUGGAGAAACGUAAUCUCCCAGAGGGAAGGUGGAUGAAGGCAAGUUUCACAAAUGUCAUUGAAACCGUAUUCACAGUUCUUGGUCUAACUGAGGACUGCAAAUAUGACUUCAGAAUCAUAGCUAGGAAUGCCGCUGGGUCAAUCAGCAAGCCCUCUGAGAGCACCGGAUCCAUCACAGCAAAGGAUGAAGUUGAUCCACCAAAAUGUGAAGUUGACUCAGUGUAUAGCCAGGUUGUUAUCAUCAAUGCUGGGGAAACAUUUACACUUGAGGCUGCUGUACAAGGAAAGCCAAUUCCCACAGCUCAAUGGUUCAAGAGUGAAGCAUUAGUGGAGAAUUCAGCAAGGGCUGAGAUUAUGAAUUCAGAUUUCCAAGCAAAGCUUGUUGUCAAAGAUGCUAUCAGAGUGGAUGGAGGACAAUAUACUUUGCUUCUAACUAAUGUUGCUGGAGCUAAAACUGUAACGUUCAAUGUGAGAGUACUGGACAGACCUGGGCCCUCUCAGGGACCCCUCACUGUCAGCAAUGUCACAUGCGAGAAAUGCUCACUGUCCUGGCUUCCUCCAAGAGCUGACGGUGGCAGCAGUAUUUCCCACUACGUCAUUCAGAAGAGAGAAACUAGCCGUCUUGCUUGGACUGUGGUUGCUAGCGAUUGUGGAGCUACAAUGUUCAAAGUCACAAAGCUUCUGAAAGGAAAUGAGUACAUCUUCCGUGUUAUGGCUGUCAACAAAUUUGGUACUGGUGAACCUCUUGAAUCAGCACCAGUUAUAAUGAGAAAUCAAUUUGUUACUCCUGGACCACCUCAAGAAUUGGAAAUAGUCAAUAUCGCAAGGGAUUCCAUGACUGUGUGCUGGACUCGCCCAGAGGUUGAUGGUGGAAGUGAGAUUGCUGGUUACAUUGUUGAGAAGAGAGAUAGAGCUGGAAUCAGAUGGACAAAAUGCAACAAACGCAGAGUCACAGACCUUCGUUUCAGAGUGACAGGCCUGACAGAGGAUCAUGAAUAUGAAUUCAGAUUAUCUGCUGAGAAUGCUGCAGGAGUCAGCCAACCAACUGAACCAACUCCUUACACCAAAGCCUGUGAUCCAACAUUUGAGCCUGGCCCUCCCACUAAUGCACAUGUGGUUGAUACUUCCAAGAACUCCAUUACACUCGCAUGGAGUAGACCCAUUUACGAUGGUGGAGUCAAUAUCCAGGGAUAUGCUGUGGAGAUCUGCAAAGCUGAUGAGGAUGAAUGGACCCUAUGCACUUCACCAACGGGAGUGAAUGCCACUACCUUCAAAAUCACCAAACUUAUCGAGCAUCAAGAAUAUAAGGUGCAAGUAUGUGCCAUCAAUAAAUUGGGUAUUGGUGAACCUGCUGAGAUUCUAGGAACCGUAAAACCGGUAGAUGCUAUGUUUGCCCCAGAGAUAGAGCUGGACUCAGAGCUAAGGAAAGGCGUCGUCGUGCGUGCUGGAGGAUCCAUGAGGAUCAAUAUUCCAUUCAAAGGACGUCCUACUCCAGAAAUAAGCUGGUCAAAGGAUGAGGGUGAAUUGACUAACAAAGCUCAAAUUGAGAAAGGCGCCGAUUUUACUCAACUGUCAGUAGACAUCUGUGACAGAAAUGAUGCUGGAAAGUACACUCUGACCCUGGAAAACAGCAGUGGUUCCAAGUCCGCAUUUGUUUCUGUCAAAGUACUUGAUACACCAGGAGCACCCGUAAACUUCACAGUGAAAGAUAUUAAGAAAAACUCUGUCAACCUCGUUUGGGAGCCCCCACUCAUUGAUGGAGGCGCGAGGGUCAAGCAUUACUUUGUUGAGAAGCGUGAAUCCACCAGGAAAGCUUAUUCCAACAUUUCAAACAAGUGUACAAGGAACAGUUUCCAUGUGGGAGAUCUCAUUGAGGGGGCAAUUUAUUACUUCAGAGUUAUGGCUGAGAAUGAAUAUGGUGUAGGCCUGGCAGCAGAAACAGCUGAGCCAGUGAAGACAUCAGAAGCCCCUCUGCCUGUAGGAAAGGUCACAUUGACUGAGGUUACUAAGACAACCGCUUCAAUGGCAUGGGAAAAACCAGACCAUGACGGUGGAAGUAGGAUAAUGGGAUACUGCAUAGAAAUGCUGCCUGCAGGAUCAGAAGAAUGGAUCCUAUCCACAACCACAAAGACAUGUGAGGGAACUGUAGAAGGCCUAACAGCAGGUCAAGAAUACCAGUUCAGAAUUUCAGCCUUUAAUGACAAAGGAAAGAGUGACACAAGGGUAUUAGCUGCGCCUGUCACAGCUAAAGAUGUGACUAUUGAACCUAGUUUUGUAAUGGCAUUCAACACCUUUAGUGUCCAACAUAGUGAAGAUCUGAAGAUGGAAAUACCAGUGAGAGGACGCCCAGCACCAAAUGUGGUAUGGACAAAGGAUGGAAAGGCAAUUAAAGAGACAACCAGGUUGAAUGUUUCAAGAACAGCAUCAUCAACAAUCCUUGCUAUAAAAGAGGCAACCAGAGUGGAUUCUGGCAAGUACAAAAUCACAGCUACCAACAGUAUAGGAGAAAAAGUUGCAGAAAUCGGAGUGAUCAUCCUCGAUAAACCUGGCCCAGUCACAGGGCCUAUAAAGAUUGAGGAAGUGAGUUCCAAUUAUGUAAACCUCGCAUGGGAACCACCUGCGUACACAGGAGGAUGUCAAAUAAACAAUUACAUUGUGGAAAAGCGUGACACAACAACCGUAGCAUGGCACUGUGUGUCUGCAACCGUUGCAAGAACAACUAUCAAAGUUACCAAGCUGAAAACCGGUACUGAAUACCAGUUUAGGGUGUUUGCAGAAAACAGAUAUGGAAAGAGUCCGUCAUUGGACUCAGCAGCUGUUGUUGUGCAAUAUCCUUUCAGUGAACCUCUUGCACCUGGUACUCCAUUUGUGUCAUCAGUAACUAAGGACAACAUGGUUGUUGAAUGGAAAGUACCAACCAGUGAUGGAGGCAGUCCAAUCCUUGGUUACCACCUUGAACGCAAAGAGAAAAACAGCAUUCUCUGGACUAAGUUGAACAAACUGCUCAUUCCUGACUGUCGAUUCAAAACAAAUGAACUUGAAGAGGGCAUUGAGUAUGAAUUCAAGGUCUUCGCUGAGAACAUUGCUGGCAUGAGUCCACCUAGCAAGAUUUCUGAUGUUUGUGUCGCCAGAGACCCAUGUGAUCCACCUGGUACCCCUGAGGCAAUUGAUAUUACCAGGAACCACGUUACACUGUCGUGGACAAGGCCUCAGUAUGAUGGUGGUAGCCUGAUCACAGGCUAUGUUGUUGAAAGGAAGAAGCUUCCUGAUGGCCGUUGGAUGAAGGCUAGCUUCACAAAUGUAAUUGAGACUCAAUUUACAAUCUCAGGUCUGACUGAAGAGUGUGAGUAUGAGUUUAGAGUAAUUGCAAAGAAUGCUUCUGGUAUUUUCAGUGCUCCAUCUGAAAGCACUGGAGCAAUUACUGCUAAAGAUGAAAUUGAAGCACCAACAGCAUCAAUGGAUCCCAAGUUCAAGGACUGUAUUGUCGUCCAUGCUGGUGAAACAUUUGUUAUUGAAGCUGAUAUUUUGGGAAAACCACUUCCUGAAAUCACAUGGUUGAAAGAUGGAAAAGAAAUUGACCAAACUACCCCAAGAAUGGAGAUCAAAACCACCAUUCAACGCACUGUUCUAACAGUCAAGGAAUGUAUCAGAGUAGAUGGUGGACACUUUGUCCUGAGUCUUAGCAACGUUGGUGGAACAAAAUCUAUUCCCGUCAACGUGAAAGUUCUUGAUAGACCUGGUCCACCCGAAGGUCCAAUGAAGAUAACUGGCGUGACUGCAGAGAAAGCCUAUCUUCACUGGAGUCAUCCAUUGCAUGAUGGCGGUGCCAGCUGUUCUCAUUAUAUCAUUGAAAAGAGGGAAACCAGCAGACUGUCAUGGACUGUAGUUGAACCCAGAAUCCAAGCUAUAAGCUACAAAGUGACUAAACUCUUGCCUGGAAAUGAGUACAUCUUCAGAGUUACGGCGGUGAAUAAGUUUGGCAUUGGUGAACCUCUUGAAUCAGACCCAGUUGUUGCACGUAAUCCUUUCGUGACACCCAGCGCUCCCUCAACACCUGAAGCAAGUGCUAUUACAAGGGACUCAAUGGUCCUUACAUGGGAACGUCCAGAAGAUAAUGGUGGCUCAGACAUUGACGGCUAUGUCCUGGAGAAAAGAGAUAAAGAGGGAAUUAGAUGGACCAAAUGCAACAAGAAAAGACUCAAUGACAUCAGGUUCAGAUGCACCGGACUAACCGAGGGACAUUCCUUUGAGUUCAGAGUAUCUGCUGAAAAUGCUGCUGGUGUGGGAGUGCCAAGUGCACCAACAGAAUACAUCAAAGCCUGUGAUGCCACAUAUCCACCUGGUCCUCCUAACAACCCUAAGGUGACAGACCACUCAAGCACAACUGUGUCCCUGUCAUGGGCAAGACCCAUCUAUGAUGGUGGAGCAGCCAUCAAAGGAUAUGUUGUUGAGAUGAAAGAAGAAGGGGAUGAUGAAUGGAUAACCUGUACACCACCAACUGGUGUACAAGCAACACACUUCACUGUGAAAAAACUGAGGGAAAAUGCGGAAUACUAUUUCCGCAUCUGUGCAAUUAACAUUGAAGGAGUUGGUGAGCAUGUUGAUGUUCCAGGGUCUGUAGUUGCAUCUGAAAAACUUGAGGCCCCUGAGAUUGAACUUGAUUCAGACCUUAGGAAAAUGGUCCAAGUACGAGCAAGUGCAACACUGCGUUUGUUUGUCACAAUCAAAGGAAGACCUGAACCUGAAGUAAAGUGGUCCAAGAUGGACAGCCCUCUUACUGAGCGUGCCCAAAUUGAGGUCACAAGCUCCUACACAAUGCUUGUCAUCGACAAUGUCAACAGAUUUGACACUGGCAAGUAUGUGUUGACUCUUGAGAACCUUAGCGGUCAAAAAUCGGCAUUCAUUAAUGUCAGAGUGUUGGACUCACCAAGUGCCCCUGAGAACUUUGAAGUCAAGGACAUUAAGAGAGAUUCUGUAUCACUAUCCUGGGAGCCUCCUAUGAUUGACGGUGGAGCUAAGGUCACACAUUACAUUGUGGAAAAGAGAGAUACUACAAGACUGGCAUUUACAAGUGUUUCAAAUAACUGUGUAAGAAAUUCCAUGAAGAUUGAUGACCUUACAGAGGGUGGAAUUUACUAUUUCCGCGUCAAAGCUGUCAAUGAGCUUGGUGUGGGUUUGCCAGCAGAAACAACAGAACCAAUCAAGGUAUCCCAAGCCCCCUUGCCUCCUGGCAAAGUUACGGUUUUAGAUGUUACUCGCGACAGUGUGAGUCUCACAUGGGAAAAGCCUGAUCAUGAUGGUGGUAGCAAAAUCACAAGCUACACAGUAGAAAUGCAAACCAAGGGUGAUGAGAAAUGGACUGUAUGCACUGAGAUUAAAGCGUUGGAAGCAACUAUUGGUGGACUCACAACUGGAGAGGAAUAUUCAUUUAGGAUUACUGCUGUCAAUGACAAAGGCAAGAGCGAACCUAAGCCACUGGCAGAUCCUGUCGUAGUAAAGGACAUUACAAUCGAACCUAUCAUCGAUCUGAUGUUCAACACAUACAGUGUCAAGGCAGGAGACGAUCUAAAGAUUGAUGUUCCAUUCAGAGGCAGACCUGAACCUGAGGUUGCAUGGAAAAAAGAUGGGGCUGUAUUGAAGCAGACAACCAGGGUGAAUGUUCAAACAACUAAGAAUUCAUCAAAAAUUACAAUCAAAGACGCAACCAGGGAGGACUUCGGGAAGUAUGAGAUCACUUUAACCAAUGCAGUUGGCAAGAAAUCAGCCACAAUAGUUGUUAUCAUCUUGGAUAAACCUGGCCCACCAAGUGCAAUCAAAGUAGAUGAAGUGAGUGCUGACAAUAUUUCACUGUCUUGGGACGCCCCACUCUAUGAUGGAGGAUGUCAAAUCAACAACUAUGUUGUGGAGAAGAGAGAUACCACCACUACAACAUGGCAGAUUGUUUCAGCCACAGUUGCCAGAACAUCAAUUAAAGUUCCCCGCUUGACACAAGGCACUGAAUAUCAGUUCCGUAUUGCAGCUGAAAACCGCUACGGUAAGAGCCAUGCCGUGGACUCCGCAGCAAUUGUUGCACAGUACCCCUUCGAGACACCUGGCCUUCCCACUUCCCUCCAUGUUGCCCAUGCUACAAAGUCUGGCAUAUUGGUUGCAUGGGGUAAACCAGCCAGUGACGGUGGAAGUCCAAUCAUCGGUUAUCACCUGGAAAUGAAAGACCAUAGCAGUAUUCUCUGGACAAAGAUCAACAGAGGUAUCAUUGCUGAAACAGAAUUCAAAGUGAUUGGCAUUGAGGAAGGCUUGCUGUAUGAGUUCCGUGUUUAUGCUCAGAAUAUUGCUGGAAUUGGACCUUGCACCAAAGCCUCUGAGCCUGUAGCUGCAAGAGAUCCUUGUGAUCCACCUGUUAACCUUGAGGUCAUUGACAUCACAAGAACGUCAGUUUCCAUUACAUGGCAGGUGCCAGAGAAUGACGGUGGAGCCAAGCUGACUGGCUACAUUGUUGAACGCAGGGAGAUUCCAGAUGGCCGUUGGCUGAAAUGCAAUUUUGCCAAUCUCCAGGACACAUACUAUGACAUUACAGGCCUUACGGAGGACGUACAAUAUGACUUCCAUGUUAUUGCAAAGAAUGCAGCUGGAUUACUCAGUGAGCCAUCACUGGGCACAGGUGCCAUCACAGUCAAGGAUGAGGUGGAUUCACCUCGCAUUGAGUUGGAAGACAGGUUUAGGCAACUAGUAGUUGUCAAAGCUGGAGAUAUUUUGAGAAUUGAUGCAGAUAUUUCUGGGCGCCCACGUCCAGUCAUUGCAUGGACAAAGGAUGGUAAAGAAAUUGAUGCCAAGGCAAGAGUGGAGAUUACUUCAACACACAGCACCACCACAUUAAUAGUCAGAGACACUAUCAGAAGAGACACUGGCCAGUACAUUGUAACUCUACAGAACGUUGCUGGUACAAGGUCCUUGGCUGUAAACUGUAAGGUCCUUGACCGCCCUGGACCAUCCUCUGGACCAUUGGCGGUCACUGGUCUGACAGCAGAGAAGUGCACUUUGACCUGGGGACCACCUCAAGAAAACGGUGGUGCAGAAAUCAUGCACUACAUCGUUGAGAAACGUGAAACCAGCCGUCUCGCCUGGACUUUAGUAUAUGGAGAUAUGAAGGCUACAACAUGUAAAGUCACCAAACUGCUUAAAGGAAAUGAAUACAUCUUCAGAGUAAGGGGAGUGAACAAAUAUGGAGACGGUGAAGCCCUAGAGAGUGAGCCCACCAGAGCCAAGAAUGCAUACACUGUCCCUGCAGCACCAACAGAUGUUGAAAUCACCAGUAUCACAAGUGAUGCAAUGACAAUCUGCUGGGAAAGGCCUGAAUCCGAUGGAGGAAGCAGCAUUUAUGGCUAUGUUAUUGAGAAACGAGAGAAAAUUGGAUUGCGCUGGGUACGCGUAAACAAAAAGCCUGUGUAUGACCUCAGGGUCAAGGCAUCUAAUCUCCGUGAGGGUGCUGAAUAUGAGUACAGAGUCUAUGCAGAAAAUGCUGCAGGCUUGAGUCUCCCAAGUAUUCCUACCAAACUAACAAAGGCGGAGGAUCCCCAAUUUCUGCCAUCUCCACCACCUAAACCCAAAGUUAUUGACUCAACUAAGACUACUGUUACUCUUUCAUGGAAUAAGCCAUUGUUCGAUGGUGGUGCUCCUGUGACAGGAUACUGUGUUGAAUAUAGGAGAACAGACGAAUAUGAUGAUGACUGGUGUGUCGGUGUUUCAAACACAAAAAACACUGAAUUCACCGUCGUUGGAUUAACUUCUGGAGCAGAAUAUCUAUUCGUUGUCAAAUCCAUCAACAAGAUUGGUCUCAGUGAGCCAAGCCCCCCUACGGAUCCACAGGUAGCUAAGGAGAGAGAAGAGGAACCAGUAUUUGAUAUCAGCAAUGAGAUGCGAAAAACACUCAUUGUAAAGGAUGGCAGUUCAUUUACCCUAACUGUGCCAUUCAGAGGUAAGCCUGUUCCUAAUGUUAUGUGGACCAAGGCUGCUGUUGACCUGAGAGUGAGGGCCAGUAUUGAUACCACUGACACAUUCACAUCUAUCACAGUGGAACAAGCAACAAGAGAUGACUCUGGAAAAUAUACUGUGACUCUCCAAAACAUAGCUGGAAAAGUCGCAUGCACAUUAAAUGUCAGGGUUCUUGACUCUCCUGGCCCACCAUCUCAUGUUGGGGUCAAGGAUGUCACGAAGAGCUCUGCAACAGUUACAUGGGAUACCCCAGAUAAUGAAGGCGGCGCUGCUGUAAAGAACUACCUUGUUGAUAUUCGUGAGGCAAGCAAAAAGGGAUGGACCAGACUCACAGAUGCCUGCCCUCGUCUGACCUACAAAGUGACAGACCUGGUGGAGGGAGGAGUGUACUACUUCAGAGUCUCUGGUGAAAAUGAAUAUGGAGUGGGCGUAUCAGCUGAGACCAAAGAUGGAGCAAAGAUUACAGAAAAACCCAGCCCACCAGCAUCACUUGGAGUCACCGAUAUAACCAAGGAAAGUGUUUCACUGGCAUGGGGCAAGCCCGAGCAAGACGGAGGUAGCAGAAUCACCAGUUACCAAAUCGAUGCUCUUGAGAAGGGUCAGGAUAAAUGGGUGAAGGUUGGUGUCACCAAGUUCACCCACUUUGUGGUCUAUGGCCUGACGCAAAAUGCUGAAUACUUCUUCAGAGUUCGUGCUGAAAACCACGCUGGAUUCAGUGACGCUAAAGACAUGAUUCUGCCUGUAACAGUUAAAGACCAGCAUGACCCUCCUGAGAUCAACAUGAAGAAGUUCCCUCACAAUACAGUCUACGUCAGAGCAGGAUCAAACCUGAAAUGUGAGAUCCCACUUACUGGCAGACCUAUGCCAAAGGUUUCUCUUUCAAAGGACAAUGUUGCACUGAAGUCAACUAUGAGAUUCAACUCUGAAGUAACUCCUGAAUACCUCAUCAUUACUCUUCGUGAGAGCAUUGCUAUUGAUUCAGGAAGGUAUGACAUCUGUGCCUCCAACACAAGUGGAACCACCAAGUCUUUCAUUAACAUUGUGGUCCUGAAUAGACCAAGUGCCCCAGUUGGUCCUGUUGAAAUGACUGAUGUGACAGAGGACAGUGUGAGUCUGAAGUGGUCUCCUCCUCGUUAUGACGGUGGAAGCGCCAUUUCAAAUUACAUAAUCCUCAAACGUGAAACAACCAACGCCAACUGGACUGAGGUCUCCUCGGCCGUCGCAAGAUGUACCAUGAAAAUCAUGAAGCUUACAACAGGACUGGAGUACCAGUUCAGAAUCAGGGCUGAGAAUCGCUAUGGCAUCAGUGAGCACAUCGACUCUCCAACCGUCAGAGUGGAUCUGCCGUACACCGUACCUGUAGCUCCAUCAGCUACUACGGUUAUAUCUGUAACCAGAGAGAGCAUCACUGUAGCCUGGAAGGAGCCAGCCUCCAAUGGAGGAAGCCAUGUCUUUGGAUACCACCUCGAGAUAAAGGAUAGAAACAGCAUCUGUUGGCAGAAGGUUAACAAGACUGUUAUCCGUGCCACACACUACAAGGUGCCAAACAUUGCUGCCGGCCUCAUCUAUGAGUUCAGGGUCGCAGCAGAAAACGCAGCUGGAUGCAGUCCAUUCAGCAAGAUCUCAGACGCAGUACUUGCAAUUGAUGCUUGCGAGCCUCCAACCAAUGUCAGGAUCACUGACAUCACAAAGACUUCCAUCAGCAUCGCAUGGCAGAAGCCCAACUAUGAUGGCGGUAGCAAGAUCACAGGAUACCUGAUUGAGAAGAAAGAGGGCCAGAAAGACAAAUGGAUGAAGGCAAACUUGAUCAACGUUUCCGACACACAUUAUACCGUGACAGGACUUACUCAGGAUGAGACCUAUGAAUUCAGAGUCAUGGCAAAGAAUGCAGUUGGAUCAGUUAGCAAUCCAUCCAUCAUUGCAGGCCCUGCAACUUGCGUGGAUACAUAUGGUGCCCCUGAGAUUGAAAUUCCUGAUGAAUAUCGCGAGUUUGUGAAACACAAAGCUGGAACCACUGUUGAGCUUAGAUUCGGAAUCAUUGCCAAACCAGCGCCGACAAUUGAGUGGUACAAGGACGGAAAAGAACUUGACCCCAGGGCCCAGGCUCAGCUGGUACAGAAGAACGCUGCUGAUAGUUCCACUCUUAUCAUCAGAGAUACCACACGUCUCAACUCCGGAACAUAUGAGAUGAGACUGAAGAACUCUUUGGGCUCAGCAUAUGCCUACGUCAGAGUACAAAUUCUUGAUAAACCUGGACCACCACCUGGCGAGAUUCAGCUCAAGAAGGUCACUGCUAACAGUAUCACCAUCAUGUGGGAUCCCCCUGAGGAUGAGGGUGGCGCAAUGGUCACCCACUACAUUGUAGAGAAACGGGAGGCCAGCAGAAUUCAAUGGUCCAUUAUCUCUGAGAAUUGGGCGGAAUGUAUCGUGAAUGUCCCGAGACUGAUCAAAGGCAAUGAGUACAUCUUCCGUGUCCGGGGAGUGAACAAAUACGGAGUUGGAGACCCACUGGAAUCUGAACCCGUAGAAGCAAAGAAUGCAUUUGUUCCUCCAAGUCAACCUUCUAAGCCUCAAGUCACCAUGAUCACACACUCUUCAAUGACGGUGGUAUGGGAAAGACCUGGAAUUGAUGGCGGAAGUGACAUAGAUGGAUAUUACCUGGAAAAACGAGAGAAGACAAGCUUGCGUUGGUUCAAGGUUAUCAAAGACACCAUUCGUGACACAAGACAGAAAGUCAGCAACCUGCUCACUGGAAAGGACUAUCAGUAUCGUGUAUGUGCUGUUAACAAGGCUGGAGUUGGUCCAUACUCCGAAGAGUCUGACCUCUUCAAAGCUGCUGACGCAGUUGACGCACCAGGUGAACCAACCAAACUCAGAGUAGUCGACUCCACCAAAACAUCCAUCACCCUGGGUUGGGUGGCGCCAGUGUAUGAUGGUGGCAGCGAGAUUACCAGCUACAUUGUUGAGCAGAUGAACUCUGAAGAAAGGGAAUGGGCAGUCAUCAGCCACAAUGGAGAAGUGAGGACAACAGAGUAUGUUGUGAAUCACCUGAAACCAGGAACCUAUUACUUCUUCCGUGUAUCUGCAGUCAACUGUCUGGGACCCAGUCAACCAAUCGAGAUGUACCAGCCUGUUCAAUCCAAGGAUAUUCUUGAGGAGGCCGAUCUCGAUUUGGAUGUUCCCAUGACGACUCAAUACACAGCCAAGGCAGGAAGGGAUAUUGAGGUGUUUAUUCCACUGAAGGGCAGACCUGCACCAAACUGCACAUGGAGAAGGCAUGACAAGAACAUGGCCAGCGAUGCAAGAUACACUAUCACCAGCACAGAACGUACAACAGUUCUUGUCAUUCCAAAGGUCACCCGUGACGACUGCGGCAAAUACUACCUGGAGAUUGAGAAUGGUGUUGGCGAGUCCAAGUUCAUCACUGUGUCUGUCAAGGUUCUUGACACCCCAUCCACUUGCCAGAAACUGAUUAUCAAGAAUGUCACCAGAGGCAAGUUGACUCUGAGCUGGGACGCUCCUCUGAUCGACGGUGGUUCCCCAAUCACCAACUAUAUCGUGGAGAAGAAAGACGCUAACAACAGAGCGUAUUCAGUCGUGUCAUCAGAGUGCACCAACACAUCAUACAAGAUCGACGGUCUGUCGGAUGAAAUCGCCUACUUAUUCAGAGUGUCUGCUGAGAAUGAGCAUGGUACUGGUGAUACAUGUGAGACUGCAGAGCCAGUCAGGGCCACUGAGACCCCCGGACCAGUCAAAGAGCUGGUCAUGACAGACGCUACUAAGACAUCAGUGACUCUUCACUGGACCAAGCCCGACCAUGAUGGUGGUAGCUACAUUUCAGACUAUGUCAUUGAGACAAAAACUAAAGAGGAAGAAACCUGGACUAUUGCUACAACAUGCAAGCGUUGCACAUGUGAUGUUAAAAACCUGAAGGAAAAUUCUGUUGUAGACUUUAGAGUGUUUUCUAAAAAUGAGAAGGGCAACAGUGACUUCUCUCAGAUUGGGCCCAUAACAGUAAAGGAGUUUAUUAUUCCACCUGAGGCCAACAUGAUAGAUUAUCCAAAUGGCGAACUCUUUGUUCGCGUCGGUCAAAACAUCCAUAUUGAGAUGCCAUUUAAGGGUAAGCCAAAACCAUCCGUUGGAUGGAUGAAGGAAAAUAUUCCCUUGAAAGAAAGUGAAAAGAUUCGCUUCCGUGAAACAGACAACAAAGUGUCUAUAACAGUCAGAAGUGUAAAGAAAGAGAAUGCAGGCCUAUACACAUUGGUUCUGGACAACAAGCUUAUCAAGAACUUCUUUGAUAUCAAUGUGAUCACUCUCGGACCCCCCUCUGUGCCAGUUGGACCAGUCCGAUUCGAUGAGAUCAAAGCACAGGGCAUCAUUAUAUCUUGGGAUGAACCACAGGACAAUGGAGGUGGAGACAUCACUUGCUACAGUGUGGAGAAACGAGAGACGGCCCAGGCUAACUGGAAAAUGGUUUGCUCUAGUGUGGUGAGGACAACGUUCAAGAUACCCAACCUUGUCAAGGGCACAGAGUACCAGUUUAGAGUGCGUGCAGAGAACAAAUAUGGAGUGAGCGAUCCUUUGAAUUCACCAGACGUGAUCGCCCAACACCAGUACAUGCCACCAGGUGCACCAGGAAAACCAGUCACGUACAACAUUACCAGUGAUGGCAUGACUAUCCAAUGGGAAGCACCCAGCUUUGAUGGUGGCUCACCAAUCACUGGCUACCAUGUUGAAAAGAAGGACAGAAACAGCCUUCUGUGGACUAAGGUCAAUUCCAGCAUAAUCUCUGCCCGUGACUACAGAAUCAUUCAGCUGAUUGAAGGACUGGAGUAUUCCUUCAGAGUCUAUGCAGAGAAUAAUGCUGGCCUGAGUCCUGUCAGUGAACUGAGCAAACAUGCCCUUGCAAUCUCCCCAGUUGAUCCACCUGGUACUCCUAACGUCAUUGAUGUCACAAGAGACACAGUCACACUUAAAUGGGAUACACCCAAGAAAGAUGGAGGCUUUAAGAUUGUGGCGUACAGUGUGGAGCGACGCCAAGGCAGAGGCAAAUGGUUGAGAUGCAACUUCACCGACAUUAGUGAUUUGCAAUUCACCAUCACCGGACUUUCUCCUGGUGAUCGCUAUGAAUUCAGAGUGAUUGCCAGAAAUGCUGUCGGUACAGUCAGUCCACCCUCGCAGUCCUCUGGCUAUGUCAUGACCAAAGAUGAAAGUGUUUCUCCCGACAUUGAGUUCAGUGCUGACACUGCUCUUGUGUACAAGGCUGGUGAAAACAUCAAACUGAACUGCAGUAUCACUGGACGACCAGUGCCUCAGGUCAUAUGGUACAAGGAUGGUAAAGAGAUCGACAAGAAGAUGUUGAUUGAUAUCACAACUAACAUCGGCUCCAGCAGCCUUUUCAUCAGAGAUGCUGAUCGCAACCACCGCGGAGUGUACAUGGUAGAAGCCAAGAACAGCUCUGGAACAAAGACAGAGAGUGUCAACAUCAGAGUCUCAGAUACCCCUGGACCACCUGAGGGACCAGUGCGUUUCACUGGUAUCACUGCAGAAAAGGCAACUGUCUGGUGGAAUCCGCCAGAGAACGAUGGAUGUGCUGCAAUCCUCUAUUAUACAGUGGAGAAGAGAGAAACAUCUAGGAUCUCCUGGGCAAUGGUGACAAGCAAGUGUGAAGCUUGUUCAUUCAACGCCACCAAGCUGAUCAAGGGAAACGAGUACCAGUUCCGUAUCUCUGCUGUCAACAAGUUCGGAGUUGGACGUCCUCUCGACUCUGAUCCAUUCAUUGCACAGAUGCAAUUCACCGUUCCAGAAGCCCCAGGUACACCAGACGCCACAAAUGUGACUGGAGACACCAUCACAAUAGGCUGGACAAGACCCAGAUCAGAUGGUGGAAAUGAGAUCAAGCACUACAUCCUGGAGAGACGUGAGAAGAAGAGUUUGCAAUGGGUGAAGGUUUCAUCCAAGAGACCAAUCACUGAGCUCAGACACAGAGUGACACACCUGACCGAAGGUAAUGAAUAUGAAUUCCGUGUCAUGGCUGAAAACGGUGCCGGAAUCGGACCAGCAAGCAGCACGUCAAGACUCUUCAAGUGCAGAGAGCCAACAAGCGCACCAAGUGCUCCUUCGCUGGUGAAGGUCACCGACUCCACAAAGUCGUCUGUCACCCUGGAAUGGAUCAAGCCUGUUUUCGACGGUGGAAUGGAGAUAAUUGGCUACAUCAUUGAGAUGUGCAAGGCAAGCCUUAAUGAAUGGCACCAAGUCAAUAGAACAACUUGCAUCAACACCACAUACACCGCUAAAGGUUUAACGGCUGGUGAGGAAUAUAGGUUCCGUGUGCGUGCAGUGAAUGGGUCUGGAAAAGGAGAAGCAUGUGCAAUUCCUAAUCCAGUGCAAGCUGUUGAUAGACUGACGUCACCAGAAAUCACCCUUGAUGCAGACUUCAAACAGACACACGUUGUGAAGAACGGUGCCACCGUCACUCUUCAUAUUGGCUUCUGUGGUAAACCAGCUCCACUGGCUACAUGGACCAAGGCAGGUGGAGAACUUGGUGUUAUGACAGACGUCAACACAACUGACACAUACAGUACCUUGACCAUUGAGAGCUGUACCAGAUAUGACUCUGGAAAGUAUACCUUGUCUCUUGAGAACAACGGUGGCCGCAAAUCUAUUACAUUGACCGUGAAGGUGCUUGAUACACCUGGACCUCCAGGAGCUAUCAGCUUCAAGGAUGUGACCAGAGGAGCUCUGACAAUGCUGUGGGACGCUCCAGCCAACGAUGGUGGAGCCCGGAUUCAGCACUACAUUGUAGAAAAGCGUGAGGCUAGUCGUCUCAGCUGGAAGUCAGUCAGCGAAAAGUCCUCACGUCAAAUGAUCAGAAUGACCAACCUAGGCAUAGGUGUGCCUUACCUGUUCAGAGUCAUUGCUGAAAAUAUGUAUGGCAGGGGAGAACCCUGUGAGAUGACUGAACCAAUUACUGCAACUGAGGUGCCUGCUCCACCCAAGAGUCUUGACGUCAUUGACACUACUAAUUCCACCGCUAUCUUGGCCUGGCUGAAACCUGAACACGACGGUGGCAGCCGCAUCACAGGUUACAUUGCUGAAGCCAAAGCAAAGGGUUCUGAUCGCUGGGUUGUUGGCGGUCAAACCAAACACCUGAAGUUAGUCAUUGAGGGCUUGAUUGAGAACACAGAAUAUGACUUCCGCGUCAAGGCUAUCAAUGAGGCUGGUAUCAGUGUCCCAAGAGAUGCCUUAGCAUCCGUUGUCAUCAAGGAGCCUAAGAUUGAGCCCACAGCAGAUCUCAGUAGCAUAACCAACCAGCUCAUCACAUGCAAGACUCACGAUGCAUUCACUAUUGAUAUCCCCAUCAGUGGCAGACCAGCUCCAAAGGCCACCUGGAAACUGGAGGAGAUGAAGCUAAAAGAGACUGAUAGAGUGAUCAUCAAGACUACCACAGAGAAGACCACCCUGGUGGUAAAAGACAGCAAGAGAGCAGACAGUGGAAAAUACUACCUCACUCUAGACAAUACCGCUGGAGCAAAGACAUUCGCUGUUACUGUCAGCGUUGUUGGAAGACCCACUCCACCAGUAGGACCCAUUGAAAUCUCUGCAGUGUCAUCAGAGGGCUGUUCAUUGGCUUGGACAGCACCAGAGGAUGAUGGUGGAACAGAUAUAGACAACUACAUCAUUGAGAAACGUGAAUCUGGAUCUACAUCCUGGCAAGUGGUGAACUCAAGUUGCAAACGCACCACGAUCAAAGUCAGCCAUCUGACCAAAUACAUGGAGUACACCUUCCGUGUCUCUGCUGAGAGCAAGUAUGGCGUGAGCAAGUCCAUCGAAUCCUCAGCUGUUGUCAUUGAGCAUCCAUUCGUUCCACCAAGUCCACCAACUCGCCCAGAUGUGGUGUCAGUAUCUGCUACUGCUAUUGGGAUCAAGUGGGAUCUGCCAUAUGCUGAUGGCGGCAGCAAGGUGACUGGAUACUGGAUAGAGAAGAAGGAGAGAAACACCAUUCUUUGGGUCAGGGAGAACAAGCUCCCAUGCCUGGAUACCCAAUACAAAGUCUCCAGUCUCAUUGAGGGCCUGGAGUACCAGUUCAGAGUUUAUGCUAUGAAUAUUGCUGGUCUCAGCAAAGCCAGUGAGGCUUCAAGACCAGUAGUGGCUUUGAACCCAGUCGAUCCUCCUGGUAAACCAGAGGUGACUGAUGUCACAAGGUCCUCAGUAACUAUUGCAUGGGGUAUACCAUUCAAUGAUGGUGGCAGCAAGAUUGUUGGAUACGUCGUGGAACGCAAGCCAUGGAGUGAUGAUGAGUGGGAUGAUGCCCGCUGGUUGAAGUGUAACUACACCACCAUCACGGAGACUCACUUCACAGUCAGAGGACUAGGUGAAGGAGAAAUCUUUGAAUUCCGUGUCAUUGCCAGAAAUGGAGCCGGAGUUCACAGUGCACCAUCUGAAACAACAGGACCGAUCACCUGCAAGGAUGAAUACACUCCUCCCAAGGCUGAACUUGACAGCUCUCUUGUUGGAGAGCACGUCACUAUCCGGGCUGGGUCAGACCUGGUCCUUGAUGGUGUAGUUGGUGGUAAACCCGAACCCAUAGUAUGGUGGGCCAAGGGUGACAAGGUGCUGGAGCUGGGGGAGAAAUACUCCCUGACAUACACCAGUUCAAGAGCCAUGGCCAUCAUCAAGUCCUGCAACAGAAACGACACUGGAAGAUAUGUUCUGACCGUGAAGAACGCCAGUGGAACCAAGACAGUGGCUGUCAACGUUAAAGUACUCGAUACACCAGGGCCUCCUGAGGACAAGAUCACAAUCACCAGGGUGACAGAGGAGAAGUGCACUGUGUCUUGGAAGAUCCCUCUGGAGGAUGGUGGAGAUCUGGUUACUCAUUACAUUGUUGAUAGGCGUGAGACCAGCAGACUCAACUGGGUGAUCAUGGAGACUGAGUGCAAGACUCUGUCCUGUGUCAGCUCCAAACUGAUCAAGAACAACGAGUACGUCUUCCGUGUCAGAGGAGUCAACAAGUACGGACCUGGUGUGCCCUUGGAGUCCGAGCCUGUCAUCGCCAGAAACGCAUACACUAUCCCAUCACAACCUGGAGCACCAGAAGUCACGGCUGUAGGAAAAGAGCAUGUCAUCAUUGAAUGGAUGAAACCUGAGAGUGAUGGUGGAAGUGAGAUCAAGAAUUACCUGGUGGACAAACGUGAGAAGAGCAGCUCCAGAUGGACCAGGGUCAAUAAGACCUUUACCAUCUAUGACAUCCGCCUGAAGAUCUCUGGUCUGCUGGAAGGCAGCGAUUACCAGUUCCGUGUUACAGCCGUGAACACAGCUGGAAACAGCCAGCCCAGUGAAGCCUCUCAGUAUGCCUACUGUAGAGAGCCAACAUACACUCCAGCCCCCCCUUCAAUUCCACGUGUGGUAGAUUCCACCAAGCAUAGCAUUAGCUUGCAAUGGACCAGACCAAUGUAUGAUGGUGGUGCUGAUGUUGUUGGCUACGUGGUGGAGGUGCUUGAGGAAGGAACCGAGCAGUGGUACAGGGCCACUCAGAAGACUCUGAAGACCAAUUUGUUUGUUGCCACUGGACUUCAAAGCAACAAGAAGUACAGCUUCCGCGUCGCAGGAGUCAAUAGCAAUGGCACUGGGGAAUUCAGCGAACCAAGUGUGGAAAUUGAGCCUGUUGAGAAACUUUCAAUCCCUGAUCUUGAGCUUCCUGAUGAUCUGAAGAAGACUGUGUGUCUGAGAGCUGGUAACACCCUGAGGCUGUUCGUCAAUGUGACUGGAAGACCUGCUCCAGUAUUGACCUGGAGGAAACCUGGCAUUGACCUGCAGAGCCGUGGGUUCAUUGAUACAACUGACAGUUACACUCUGCUGAUUGUUGAGAAGGUCCAUCGUUACGAUGCUGGCAAAUACACCAUUGAGGCUGAAAAUCCAUCUGGCAAGAAGUCAGCAACCAUUCUCGUCAAAGUUUAUGACACUCCUGGACCACCCGGUUCAGUUAGAGUCAAAGACUACACAAAGGAGUCUGUCGUCAUCACAUGGGAUGUACCAAGUAUUGACGGUGGAGCCCCUGUGAACAACUACAUCAUUGAGAAACGUGAAGCUUCAAUGAAAUCCUACAAGACAGUUACAACAGAAUGCAGGAAGACUUUGUUCAGAAUCACUGGCCUGGAGGAAUCAGUACACUACUUUUUCAGAGUGUUACCAGAGAACAUCUACGGUGUAGGAGAACCAUGUGAAAUCCCUGAAUCGGUGUUGGUCUGUGAAGUUCCCAGCCUUCCUCAGGAUCUGCACAUUGUGGACAUCGGCAAGACCUCAGCAAUCCUGAACUGGGAGAGACCUCUUCACGAUGGUGGAAGCAGACUGACGGGCUACGUCAUUGAAGCUAACAUUGUUGGAUCAGACAGAUGGAGUGCAGUGGCCACUGUGAAACAGUCCAUGUCCCAGCACACCAUCACUGGUCUGACAGAGAAGGAGACUUAUCUCUUCAGAAUCAGAGCUACAAACAGCAGAGGAGUCAGCGAGCCUAGGGAGAUUACAGGACCUGUGGUCAUUCAGGAACAACUACUGGCGCCCUAUAUUGAUCUGACCGGCAUUCCACAGAAGAUUGUCCAUGUGCCAGCCGGCAAACCAAUCGACCUCAAUAUUCCUAUAAAGGCCCGACCUGCUCCAGUUUGCAGCUGGUCCUUCAAUGGUGCUAAGAUGAAGGAUAGUCUUGACCGGGUUAAGAUUGAGUCUAAUGGAAAAUACACCAAACUGACUGUCCGUGAGACAACCAUUGAUGACACUGGUAGCUACACUCUUCAAGUAAAGAAUUCUGUAGGAACUGCAACAGAGAUACUCAAAGUUAUUAUUCUUGAUAAACCUGGAAUACCUAUUGGACCAAUCACAGUUGAUGCCGUUGAUGCCACAUCGGUAACGGUCAGCUGGGAGCUACCAGAAAAGGAUGGCGGUGCCAACGUCAGUGGCUAUGUUGUUGAGCAGCGUGACGCUCACCGCCCCGGAUGGCUACCAGUGUCCGAAUCUGUCACAAGACCCACAUUCAAGUUCACCAGAUUGUCUGAGGGAACUGAAUACGUGUUCCGUGUGGCUGCAACCAACCGCUUCGGCAUUGGAGGAUUCUUGCAGUCUGAAGUUGUUGAAUGCAAGAGUCUCAAGACCGUACCCAGUGCACCAAACAGACCUGAUGUACUGGAUGUGACUCAUGAGGGAAUGACCGUCACAUGGCAGCCACCAGAAGAAGAUGGAGGGUCCCAGGUGUCUGGAUACAUAAUUGAGCGCAAAGAGGUCAGAUCUGAAAGGUGGAUGAGCAUCGUUAAGAACCCAGUCACCAUGACCAGGUACAGAUCAUCUGGUCUGUGCGAAGGCAAUGAGUAUGAGUUCCGCGUGAUCGCCCUGAACUCAAGAGGCUCGAGCAAACCCAGUAUGGCAUCUAAACCAGCUAUCGCCAUGGAUCCCAUCGAGCCUCCUAGCGCACCACAGUUCCCCAUGGUUACAGACACCACCAGGACUUCUGUGUCUCUGGCUUGGAGUCCUCCUGAGGAAGAGGGUGGUUCCGUCAUCACUGGUUACCUGAUUGAGAUGCAGAAGGUGGACCAGGUGGAAUGGACCAUGUGCAACACAACACCCAUAAAGAUCUGUGAAUACACUCUGACACACAUGCCUCAGGGAGCUGAGUACAAGUUCCGUGUGAUGGCCUGCAACGCUGGAGGACCCGGAGAGCCAGUCGAGAUACCAGGAAUUGUCAAGGUUACAGAAAUGCUUGACUAUCCCGAUUACGAACUGGACCCCAAAUACGAGGAAGGCUAUGUGGUCAGACAGGGAGGAGUCAUCAGGCUGUCUGUGCCAAUCAAGGGUAAACCAGUCCCUAUCUGCAAAUGGACAAAGGAAGGCCGAGAUGUCUCUCACCGAGCUAUGAUCGCCACCAAUGAUGAUAUCACUGAACUUGUGAUCAAAGAAGCCCACAGAGAUGACACAGGAACAUAUGACCUGGUGCUGGAGAACAAAUGUGGCAGGAAGGCUGUCUACAUCAAUGUUAAAGUGAUUGGACGUCCAGACGCACCUGAAGGUCCUCUUGAGUUUGAUGAUAUCCAGGCUCGCUCCGUAAGAGUCAGCUGGAGACCUCCCUCUCAAGACGGUGGCUCUGAUAUCCUGGGUUACAUCGUUGAAAGGCGAGAAGUAUCAAAGGUAGCAUGGUACACUGUGGACUCAAGAGUGGUGGACACAGCUCUGGUGGUCAAGGGACUGAAGGAGAAUGUUGAAUACCACUUCAAGAUCACUGCCGAAAACAAAUUUGGUGUGAGCAGAUCUCUCAAAUCAGAUGAAUGUGUCACUCCAAAGACACCCCUGUCUCCUCCAGAACCUCCAAUCAACCCACCAGAAGUUAUGGAUGUCACAAAGAGCACUGUUGCUCUAUCUUGGGGCAGACCAAAGGAUGACGGUGGCGCCCGCAUUACAGGAUACUACGUUGAGAGGAGAGAGGUGUCCACAGAGAAGUGGGUGCGUCACAACAAGACACACAUCACCACUACAAUGUACACUCUCACUGGACUCAUCCCUGAUGCUGAAUACCUGUUCCGUGUCGUGGCACAAAACGACAUUGGUCAGAGUGAACCUGGACCAGUAUCUGAAAAUGUUAUAUGCAAAGAUCCAUUUGACAAACCCGGUCAACCAGGUGAGAUUGAUAUCAUCUCCGUUGCCAAAGACUGUAUCACCAUUCACUGGCUGCGCCCAGAAUGUGAUGGUGGCAAAGAGAUCCUGGGUUACUGGAUUGAGUUCAGACAGGCAGGAGAAAGUGCCUGGAAGAAAUGCAACAAGGAGCGUUCCAAGGACAGACAAUUCACAAUGGGUGGUCUGAUGGAGGCUACAGAGUACGAGUUCAGAAUCCUUGCAGAAAAUGAAACUGGACUGAGUAGACCUCGCAGGACCGCCAUGGGCAUCAAGACUAAACUGAGCUUGGGAGAGGCUCCUAGUCUCAAGGAAGACAUGGCAGAUGUCAUCACAAAACUUGGCGAAUCAGGAACUCUGACAUGCCAGAUUAUUGGACGUCCCCUUCCUGAAAUCAGAUGGUACAGAUAUGGCAAAGAGCUGAUCCAGAGCCGCAAGUACAAGAUGAGUUCUGAUGGUCGCAACCAUUCACUGACAGUGGCCACAGAUGAACAGGAAGAUGAGGGCAUGUACACUUGCAGAGCCGUUAAUGAAGCCGGUGAAACAGAGUCCAGCGGCAAGCUGCGCUUGCAGGCUGCACCUGCUUUCCACCCUGGAUUCCCAUUGAAGGAGAAAUACACUGCAGGGUGUGGAACAAGUCUUCGUCUCCAUGUUGUCUACAUUGGCCGUCCAAUUCCACAAAUCAUGUGGUUCUAUGCAAAGAAGCCUCUCAACGCGUCUGAAAAUGUGAUCAUUGAAAACACUGAGAGUUACACUCAUCUGGUUAUAAGGAAUGUACAGCGCAAGACAAACGCCGGAAGAUACAAGGUGCAAUUGACCAACAAAUUUGGAACGGUUGAAACCACACUCAAGGUUGAAAUUCAAGAUAAACCUACCAAACCUGAGGGGCCUAUUGUUGUUGAUGCUGUGUUGAAGAGCGCAGUGAUCAUCAGCUGGAAACCACCGAAGGAUGACGGUGGAUCAAUGAUCACCAACUACAUUGUGGAGAAACGAGAAGCAAAGGAAGGCGAGCAGUGGAAUCUGGUGUCAUCGUCAGUCUCAGGAAACACUUGCAGGAUUCCAAAUCUGAUUGAAAAUGCUGGAUACUAUUUCCGUGUUUCUGCUCAGAACCAAUAUGGAGUCAGUGAGGCACUUGAGGUUCCAAGUGUUCUCAUUAUCAAGAGUCCAUUCGAAAAACCUGGAAUUCCCAUGCAGCCUGUUGUCACAGAAGUGACCAAGGAUUCUUGUCUUGUGUUCUGGAAACCACCAAAAGACGAUGGAGGUGCCAAGAUAAAGAACUAUUUCCUGGAUAAACGAGAGAAGAAACAGAACAAAUGGAUCGCUUGUACAUCCAAUCAAAUCCACGAGACACAUUUUGCUGUAAAAGGCCUUCUUGAGGGCUUUGAGUAUGAGUUCCGUGUGAAAUGUGAAAACAUGGGUGGUGAGAGUGAUUGGAGUGAGGUGUCAGAGGCCAUCAUUCCCAAAUCAGGUCUCACAAUGAAACCUCCUGUCUUCAGAGAAGAAAUGAGACCAGACAUGAUUGUGAAGUUUAAAUCCAAUGCUACAUUUGUCACCAAAAUUGUUGGACAUCCCAUCCCUGCCGUGAAAUGGUACAAGAAUGGAAAAGAAAUUGUUUCAGAUGGAAUCAAAAUCAAAUCGCAAGAAUUCAAAGGAGGCUAUUACCAACUUAUUCUUGCUAAUGCUGAGGACAGUGACACGGGUGUCUAUCAAGUCAGGGCAACAAACCAAGGAGGAUCCAUCUCUACAACAGUUAAUCUGACUGUUGAAGUUCCUGCCAAGAUCCACCUACCUCUAGAACUGCAAGGCAUGGGGGCAGUCCAUGCUGUCAAGGGUGAAGUGGUUACCAUUAAGAUUCCAAUCAGUGGCAAACCCGACCCUCAAAUCCAAUGGCAGAAGGGACCAGAGAUCAUGGGAUCAUCUGCACACACUCAAGUGAUUGUCACAAGAUCAUUUACUUCACUCGUCUUUCCUAAAGGAGUUCAGAAGAAGGAUACAGGUUACUAUGUAAUCACUGCCAAGAACAGAUUCGGAGUUGACAAACAGACCAUUGAAGUUGCCGUGGCAGAUGUACCAGAUCCUCCUAAGGGCAUUAAAGUCAGUGAAAUCACUAGAGAUUCCAUCACUCUAACCUGGACUCCUCCUGAAAAAGAUGGCGGAAGCCCUAUCAUCAACUACAUUAUCCAGAAGUGCCCCACAUCAGGUGACAGGUGGAUCCGCGCUGGCCAAACCAACGAGCCUAAAUACACGAUGAUCGCUCUGUUUGGCAAGACAAAGUACCAGUUCCGUGUCAUUGCGGAGAACCAGUUUGGUCUGAGCGAUCAUUCUGAACCAACUGAGCCUGUUACAACAAUAGAGGAUAAAUCUGUUAUCAGAAACUACGAUGAAGAAGUUGAUGAAGCUAGAGAAAUCACCAAAGAAGAGGCUCCACAUUCAUCAAAGAUCAAGAUGGUGGCUGCCCAGUACACAAUAUCUGAAGAGCUGGCACGUGCCGGAACGUUUGGCGUUGUUCAUCGCUGUGUUGAAAACAAGUCCAAGAAGACAUUCAUGGCCAAGUUUAUCAAGAUUAAAGGUACCGAUCAGGAGCUGGUUGCUAGGGAAAUUGAGACACUCAAUCUUGCUAAACACAAGAACUUCAUGUCCCUACACGAGUCAUUUGACAGUUUGGAAGAAAUGGUCUUGAUCUACGAGUUCAUCUCAGGCGUGGACAUCUUUGAACGACUUGGUACAGGCAACUUUGAGCUCUCAGAACUGGAGAUUGUUAGGUACCUGAGACAGGUAUGCUCAGCUCUGAAGUUCUUGCACAAUCUCAACUAUGCUCAUUUUGAAAUCAAACCUGACAACAUUGUCUACACCACAAGAAAGAGCACAAACAUCAAAAUUAUUGAAAUGGGCCAGGCUAGAUUACUGACUCCUGGAGAAAAUAUCAGACUCAAUUUCACUGCACCAGAGUACUGUGGACCUGAAGUCCACCGCCAUGGUCUUGUCAGCACUGCAACUGACAUGUGGUCAGUUGGUGUGCUAACAUAUGUGCUCCUCAGUGGACUUAACCCCUUCGCAGCAGAAUCAACCACGAAAAUGAUUGAAAAUAUAUCAAAUGUAGAGUACAUUUUCGACAGUGAGGCCUUCAAAGAGACCAGCAUCGAAGGUAUGGACUUCUGUGACAGACUUCUGUGUAAAGACCUGAAGAAACGUAUGACUGCUCAUGAAGCUUUGGAACAUCCUUGGCUUAGGUUGAAGCUGGAGCACCUCAGCACAAAAACUAUAAAAACAUUGAGACACAGAAGAUACUACCAGACGUUGGUGAAGAAAGACAGAGAGACAAUCGUCUCAGCAGCUCGUGUUGCUUUUGGUGGUGGAUUCAGAAGUUACAGAGGUUAUGCAGUUGGCAAAGUCAAGAUUGCACACCCUGUAGAAGGUCUGAGAGCCGGUCCAGUCAUGCAUGGAUCUUCAGAGGAAGGUGGGCAUGUCAGAUUUGUUUGCAACAUUGAAAACUACGACGAAACCACAAAAGCAAUUUGGUACUUUGGCACCCGCCAGUUAACAGCAAGUCACAAAUAUGAAAUCAGCUACGUCAAUGGAGUUGCUAGCAUCUACGUCAAGGAAAUUGAAACAUCUGAUGAUGGUGUCUACAGAUGCAAAGUCGUCAGUCAGGACGGUGAAGAUAGCACCUAUGGAGAACUCUUUGUCGAAACUGUGAGAUGCUAUCGUGAACACUUCAUUGGACGCUCACUCACAAAGAAGAGAAAGCUUGAUAAGCAAAGACUUAUGCAAAGGCCACCAGAGUUCACUCUGCCUCUGUACAACCGCACUGCUUACAUCGGUGAAGAUGUUCGUUUCGGUGUAACCAUAACAGUGCAUCCAGAGCCCACAGUAACAUGGUUGAAGGCUGGACAGAAAAUCAAACGAGAUGAUAAGAAGUACACUUUCAUUAGUGACAAGGGUCUUUAUCAAUUGAUGAUUCACAAUCUUGACCUUGAUGACGAUGCUGAAUAUACUGUUAUGGCCCACAACAAGUUUGGUGAAGACAGUUGCACAGCACAACUUACAGUGACACCUCACCCUGUUAGUGAAGACACCAUGAGGCCAAUGUUCAAACGGCUUUUGGCUAAUGUGGAGUGUGUAGAGGGCCAUAGUGUCCGUUUUGACUUGAGGGUCUCGGGAACACCUGCACCAACCCUGAAGUGGGAGAAGGAUGGCAGGCCAUUGGAAUUCAACCAACAAAUUGCAGUUGUCCAAGAGGAUGUAGACUAUCACGUUCUGCAUGUCAGAGAAACUCUUGUUGAGGAUUCAGGUCUUUACAAAGUUACCGCAACAAACUGUGUUGGAUCAGUGAGUUGCCAGGCCACACUGAAGGUGGACCGCAUUACAUAUAAAAGAAGAGAAUAUAAGAGUGAGGCGGAACAACAGAAGUACGUUCAACAACAAAUUGACAAGACACUGAAAAUGGCACAAAGCCUUUCCACCACUGAAGUUACUGGAUUCAACCCAGCGGCUCAAGAAGCUUUGAAACACGCUGCAGACAUAUACAAGCCAGGAGUGAGCACCAAACACUGCGAGGGUGAAUUUGAUAUCACAGAAGAAAAACCAUUCAUAAAGAUUGAGGAAAGGAAACUUCGUAUGCCAUAUAAAAUUCCUGAGCCACGUGUCCAUGAUGCAAGUGCUCUGGAUGAAGACCUGUUGAUUAAACACUUUGUACCUUUGUCUGACAUGAAGUGGUACAAGAAACUCAGAGAUCAGUAUGAAAUGCCUGAGCGGAUGUUGAAGAUUGUACAGAAGAGACAGAAACGCAUUCGUCUCUCAAGGUGGGAGCAAUUCUAUGUCAUGCCCCUUCCUAGAAUUACUGACCAGUAUAGGCCAAGAUGGCGUAUUCCAAAGCUCACACAAGAUGACUUGGAAACAGUAAGACCAGCAAGACGGUCACCUUCUCCUGGAUCCGAGGCAUCCUUCAGGUCAAGAAGACGCUCCCUGGGUGAUAUGAGUGAUGAAGAGCUUCUGCAGCCCAUUGAUGAUUACCUCUCAAUGAAAAAAACUGAGCAGGAAAGGCUCCAACUUGACGAGGAGAUUGAACUUGGCUUCUCUGCCUCCCCACAAGGCAGCCCUGUGCGGUUCGAGCUGUCUGCUCUGCGUCAUGAAGCAAAGAAACAUGUUGCAAGAAGAGAAGUAUCCCAAGUAACCGAGCACAAGGUCAAGAGAACAGAAGUUUCCCAGUUCAUGAGGAGGAGAAGAUCACUGUCUCCUACAUACAUUGAGCUGAUGCGCCCUGUUUCUGAGCUGAUAAGAGCUCCUCGCCCAUGUCCUCUGGAGCCAGAGGAGAUUGUUGAAAGGAGAUCACCCACCCCUGAAAGGACGCGUCCACACUCCCCCAGCCCCCCAGCUUCAGCUGAGAGUUCCUCCCGCUCAUCCUCAAGAUUUGAGAGGUCAGCCAGAUUCGACAUCAUGUCCAGAUACGAGUCAAGAAAGGCUGCAUUGAAAUCUGAGCGCAAGUACCAGACGGUGACCCAAACACCCUUCAGCCUCGAUCACGCCCCACGUGUGACCGUGAGAAUGCGUUCCCAUCGCGUCCCAUGUGGUCAGAAUACAAAGUUCACUCUGAAUGUCCAAGCGAAGCCUGAGGCUGAGAUCCAGUGGUUCCACAACGGACAACUGAUUCAACAAAGUGAGAAGUUCCGCUUCACAAACACGAGUGGAGUGCUGUCUAUACAGAUCCGUGAUUGUCAGGCAGAGGACAGUGGCACGUACCGUGUUGUUUGCUCAAACUCAAAGGGAGAAGCGUCCGACUAUGGUAUCCUCGAUAUUUCUGGAGGUGAAUUCUCCACAUAUACAUCACGUCGUAAAGAUGAGGAGGCUCCACAACCAUUUGUUCCUGAAAUCACAAAGACAGACCAUUACCACAUAUCAUCCUUCAAGGCAGCUUCCUCCUCAGCAACACACAUGGAGGUGAAGGAAAGUAAAUCAAAGUUAACUGAAACACGUGAAACAUAUGACAGAUAUGAUACAUCUGAACGAUUUGUAUCUGCAUCUGAAAAAUAUGCUGCAUCCGCUAAGUAUGCUUCAACUGAAUACUUAUCAUCUGCAGCAUCCUUAUCAUCAGCAUCAUCUGGAAAGUUUGGAUUGACUGAAAGAUACGUGUCGGGUGAAAGACAUGCAUUGUCUGAAAGAUAUGCAUCAUCAGAAACAUAUGCUUCAUCUGAAACAAAAAUGAGGGCUAUAGAGGGAUCAGAAGUUGAGCAAGUGACUGUUCAUAAAGUCAAGUCGACUCUGGCAGCCAGAAUAAUAACUCAACCACAGUCUGUAACAGUUAAUGAGGGAGAGACUGCUCGAUUCACUUGCGACAUUGAUGGCGAACCAGCACCAAGUGUUACAUGGAUGCAUGAAGGACAAGUCAUUGUAUCCUCUCAUCGUCUUAUGGUGUCUACCACGCAGUACAAGUCUACGUUUGAAAUUUCCUCUGUCCAAUCUUCUGAUGAAGGCAGCUACACACUGGUGGUUGAGAAUGCUGAAGGCAGACAAGAGACUCGGUUUAGCCUGACCAUUUUCAGAGCAAUUGUUGAAGAGGAGGUUGUUGUCUCAGUGACUUCACCAGAGCCUGGAUUCAGGUCUCCUGAACGAGUAGCUUCACCUCCCAGUGUUCCCCCAACCCCAACCCCAUCAAUCAAGUCUCCUGAACCAAUCAUGUCACCCGCUAGUGUGAAGUCGCCAACCCCAUCAAUCAAGUCUCCUGAACCAAUUACUUCGCCUCCAAGGGUGAAGUCCCCUCCCCCAGUCAAGUCUCCUGAGCCAGUCAUGUCGCCAAAGGGAGUGAAAUCACCUCCCAGGGUCAAGUCUCCUGAACCAGUUGUAUCACCUCCAAGGGUGAAGUCCCCUCCCCCAGUCAAGUCUCCGGAGCAAAUCAUGUUGCCAAAGGGAGUAAAAUCACCUCCCAGAGUCAAGUCUCCUGAACCAGUUGUCUCGCCUCCAAGGGUGAAGUCCCCUCCCCCAGUCAAGUCUCCGGAGCAAAUCAUGUUGCCAAAGGGAGUAAAAUCACCUCCCAGAGUCAAGUCUCCUGAACCAGUUGUCUCGCCUCCAAGGGUGAAGUCCCCUCCCCCAGCCAAGUCUCCUGAACCAAAAGGAGUGAGGUCACCUCCCCAAGUCAAAUCUCCUGAACCAAAAGGAGUGAAGUCACCUCCCCAAGUCAAGUCUCCUGAACCAAUCACUUCACCUAAGAGAAUAAAAUCUCCACUAACUGUGAAAUCCCCAACUCCUAAAGCUCCAAAGAUUGUCCACCAACUCACAGCCGAAGCCUCAGAAGACAAAGUGAGAAUGGCCUGUCUAUCUGAAAGCAGCGUGAGAGAAGUUGUGUGGUACAGGAAUAGAGUGAAACUGACACAGAGCAGUCACUAUGAGUUCCACAUGUCUGUGGAUGGACAUUGUUCCCUCAUUAUCAAUGACCUCUCUGAGAAGGACCAGGGAGAAUACUCUUGUGAGCUCAUCGCAGAAGGAGGAGUCUCUGCUAAAUCUUCAUUCUCAUUCGUCGGCCAAGUGUUCCAAUCCAUCUACACUAAAGUCACAGCUUAUGUGCAGCAACACAUGGCCAUGAAAGUGAAAACCAAACAAGUAACAACGAGUCAAAAAGAGGCAUCUAUGGCUAUGGCUUCCCAUACAAGUUCAGAACAGGUUGUUAAGAAAGAAAUCCACGGAGGAGCUCAGAUGAUGAUGAUGGGGGAGAGUGCUGCUCUUAGUAGCAUGCAGGAAAGCUUCUCUUCCCAAUCAGCCCACAUGGCUUCUUCUUCUUCUAUGCAUCAGGAGACCUCUUUCAGCAGCUCCAGUAUGGCCAGUAUGUCUAGCAUGGCUGCCAUGGCUACAGAAAUGCAGAUGGAAACCAUGUCUCUAUCUAGCAUGUCUUCCAUGACAUCUUCCCAUGCCAUGAGCUCCAGCAGUAUGACUGAAAUGAUGAGUCACUCCCACCUGGAGGGGUCCUCCAUGAGAUCCAUUGCACAGGGUAUGCUAGGUGCAACAGGUGCACCAAGAAUUGAAGCUCUCCCAGAGGACAUAACCAUUGAACUUGGGAAGGUUCUCACCGUAGCUUGUGCUUUCUCAGGAGAGCCCACACCUAACAUCGAAUGGUCCCGCAGUGGAAGAACCCUGCCUGGUGAGGAGCAUGGCGGUAGGUUCCACGUCGAGACCUUAGAGGACCUCACUACACUCAUCAUCACCAGUGUGAAAGAGGAGGAUGCUGGAGUGUACACCCUCAAACUGUACAAUGACUUUGGAUCUGACACUGCAACAGUAACUGUAAGCAUUCGAUCAUAAAUAAAAACAGUCAAUAUAUUUAUGUCCUCCCCUUUCCCUACUUCAAUGCUUUUUAUUUAUUAAUUUAACAAAAAAAUAAUCUUACUUGAUAAAGACCUGGAUUUCUGUUAUUGUAAAUAUGAACUAUUUUUAUACCAAACAUGACAUUAAUUUAUGCCAAACUAGACUAAAGUCUAAAGUUGUUAUAAAAUGUGCCAUAUUGGAUAAUUAUGACUUAGGAUUUUUGAUCCAUUUUUCUGUGACAUGUACAUAAUGUAUAUAGCCGAAUUUAACGGUUAUGGAAAAUGUAUGAAUUGUUAUUUAUGACAAUAUUAACUCAAACAAAUGGAACUGAAAUGUUUAAAAGGAGAAAGUUUCGCAUGAAACGAAUACCCUGUUAAACCUGAAACUAAACUAUGUGCCUCAACAAAAAGUUGAAGUCUUAAGAUUUCCUCAACAGGUAGAGAGGCUCCCUGUUGAAGUUUAUACUAACUCAGAGACGAGAUGUUAGACACUGUAUGUUAUUACCCGCAGUGUUAUUAUCAUACUCCUAUGAAUUGCAACAUGAUCAUAAGACCCUGAGUGCUGUUUGCAUAUACCCUCAUGUAAGCAGGACAACUAGGCCUUGUGUUCUGGACUGACUAUGUCAUAACCACCAUUUUAAUGACAUGCUCAACGUGCGAGCGGCCUGCACUUGAGCUGAAAUGUUUUUUUUUUUGUGUGUGCUCUGUUUCUGGCAAAUUACUGCUUGAUUGAUUUUCCGAACAACAUCAACCUGGCCAUUAAAAAUUGAAAGUCCAUCAUGAACUUAUUUAGCAGAAUCAGAGCUAUCUCUUGGAGGUUUGCUUGAGUGCGUUACUUUUGUGUGUUAGCUUUAGAAUUUCACUGUGUCAGGUGUUAAGGCAAACAUCAAGCAAGUGUACCACAGCGAUGCCACCUGCUGUGUUAAAAUUAAAAGAAAACCAAAUGUAUUAGCUGUUCUGCCCUGCACUUUCGUUUGAUUAAAAUUAGUAUUGUAGAAUUAAAUGCAACCUCCCCUUGAUUUAAUAAAGCAUGAUAUCAGCACUAAAA